CGCACCAUACGCUUUUCGAUAAUUUUCGCGGCAUUUUAUCCGCUGCUUUUUCGUCGGGACAAUUCAAAAUACGUUCGCCGCCACGCGAACACCGUGCAAAUCAUCCGACCGCGCGAUAUUUUAUUGUGCCCUCAAGGACGAAUGAAAUUUCGGACAAACUAAAAAUAAAGAGAAAAAAUAAUAAACAAAGCGAGACCGGACUUACGAAUUUGUGACGGUCGUUUUAGUUAAUAUAAGUCCGUUUGCGGGUCCUCUGGCCGACGACUGCACACAGAUUGUGUUUGCGAAAAUUUCUCCGUAAAACGUGAGUAAUAUUAUAUUGAACGAACAAUUCUGUAGGACCGUAAAAAUCCCUCCGUUAUCCGACAGUUAUAAUAUUAUAAACUGUUGUGAUAUCUGCCGUUGGCAGGUUGAUGAAAACAAUAUCGACUUGGCCAAGUCAAAUGACAAAAAUAGUCUUAGAUUAAACGAGAAGUUCGAAAUUAAAACACCAAAUCUUCGUUGAGCUAUAAAGAAAAGUAAAAUUGUUAUUUGUACCAGGUUGAAAACGUUCAACACUCAUUAAUUACAGUUUCAGCAUGUAACUUUUUAGUUUUUGUAUAGGACGUUUCACAGAGAUAUGAUAAAUGCAGUGACUUUUGUUUCGUAAAAUAUUUUUAAGUUUUUUUUCUUCUAAAAGUUCAUAGAGGAAUACAUUUUACAUAUAUUUUUUUUUGAAAAUAAACGUUUUGUUUGCAAAAUCUAAAAAGCCAGUUUGUAAUGAAAUUUUGGUUUUUAAAAAAUAUUAAAUUGAAGAUUUUAGCGCAAGGCUCCCAUCUAGUGUAAUUUUUACAAGAAAAAACUUAAAAUUAUUGCCCAAAAGCUAUUGUUUUUAUUCGUUAACCACCCUGUAUAUUGUUAUAUAGUAUACACCAUUAUGCAAUUCAAAUACAACUUAUUGAGUUUAAAUAUGUAUUAAAAAUUUUAAAUUUCGAAAAAAAUAACGACAAUUCAAACUAUUAACUUGAUCAGAUUUUUACGAAAGUUCACUGUAAAAUUUUGAAUCCGAACCAUGACAAAUAAACACUAAUCAAGUUGUGUAGUAAACGACAGAAAAAAUCACUAGUCAAGUUAAAAAGUUAAAAAAAAAAAAAUUAUUUUUUAAAUUUUAUUUAAAUUUUGUGACUAAACAUCAUUGCGUUUUAACAAGUUCGACACGGAUCACUGUCUAGAAAUUUAAUUAAAUAUUUGCACAUAUUAUUACAAAAAAACAAAAGUAUUGUACGUAAAGAACGAUAAUAAUUUGUCUAAUUGUAUGUCGACAGUUAUCUACAAUAAUAAGAUAAAAAAACAAAAACAAAAAUUAGACUUAAUUUUCAUCUUAAGUUUGAAAUGUUGAAAAACGUAUUCGGAAUUUAACAAUCGUUUCUGAUUUUUUAACAGAUUCGGUAAAAAAACAUUUAAUUGUUUUAUUUAUUUAAUUUUACACGUAAUAAUGUAUAUUUUGAAAUCGACAUAGGUUUAUUUUGCUAUAAUGUGUCCUUUUUUUGAUGUUUUGCUUUUUCUCCAAACUACGUGAGAGGUUUCUGGUCGCGAAUUUUGUCGUGUAUUGGCAAUUCGGUGCAUUGGGUAGGUAAAUGUUUUGAUUUUCCUAGUAGUUUUCUUAAUAAUGAGAUAGAACCGGGCAAAAUGCUAGGAAAUUGGUAAUACUUGAAUGAUAAGUCUGUUAAUUUUGGUUAUUUUUUGGAAUUUAAUAUAGUACAGUGGAGACUUUUGAGUUUUUCAUUUCAAACGGAUCUAAAUGUGGGUAAUUUAUUUUUAUUAACAUUUUAAGUCCAAAUUUUUUUUCAAUUACAAAUUAAUCUAAUAUUUUCAAUUGAAAUUUUUCAAAACGUAUGGAACCGGAUUUUGCCCAGAAUCGUUUUUCGUUUGCAAUGAUUUAUCCGUCGCGUACAGUUAUAAAUAAAAUAACCUUAUAUAUUUAUAUACAUCGUAUUCUCCCAACUUUCACCUACAACAGUGUCCCCUCUCUAUGAUUCCAAAGUAUAUCGUAUUUAAUUAUCAUUUUAUUCGUGAUAAAAACUAUUUCAAGUUUAUUAUUAAAUAUUACUCUAUUAUUUCGUAUUUCUUAAUCUGAAAACAAAUUGACUUUUAGGUACCUAGCCGUUUUACCACAUUUAAAAUAAACAUUUAGUUAGUAAGUAAAGUGUUGUUUAAAUGAAUACCUAAUAUGUAUUCUCUUAUAAAUACUCAAAUAAUAUUUAUGAAACCAAUUACCGAUCAAACUAUCUAGCGUAUUGUAACUUGAGAUAAUUGUAAAAAUUUGAAAGAAAAUUCGACGGUAAAUUUAUUAUUUGCCCAUUGUGUUUUGUCACAUCGUAAUAAUAUAUUUUUUGAACCCAUUUGAUGGCUUUAUUUGAAUUAUAUUUGCAUCUGGUGUGUACGUUUGAAAAAAAAAAAUAACACAACGACAUCUGAACUGCUGAUGGAAUAAUCGAGUAAACUAUUUAAAAAUGUAUUUUACCGUGUAAAAAUAAAGAAUGCGAUGUAGAACUUAUUCAUAAUAUCGAUUCUCGUGGAAAUUUAUCAUGUGGAAAGAAAAAUCUCCGGGUGCUGAAAUUAUUUGUACGUAAACAUAUGCAAGUAGAGACGCACCGCGGUUUCAUCUCGUUCACGUGGCUGUAAAUAAAAAAUAUAUAAUAUUUAUCGGCGAUAAAUAUUUACCGACUUCGCGAUUUAUAUUAAAUAUAAAAAUCCCAAAAAUAUGUUAAAGAGUAGUUCAAUAUGCGAGUGUUACGAUGUUAUAAUAUAAUAUUAAAUUCUAUUCUUGAAAGCGUAAUAUUGUGCACUGUAUUUAUAUAUAAAUUUAAAGUUGUUGGUUUCGUUCAGUGCUAGGUAAUUGGUUAUGUUUGAUGACGUUCAUGCUUAAGGGAUAUUAUGAGCUCCGUAGUUGAUUUCAGAAAAUGUCUUGAUUUAGUUCUACUUGACACCGGUAGGUAUCCAUAGAGUGGGUGUCUUUCAUUAGAUUAUUUUUUUGAGCACCGCUGUCAAAUACGAAUUAGUUUUAUUGGGAGGAGGGGCGACACCAAAAUGUAUUUUACCCAAGGUAUAUACAAGCUUAUAUUCUACCCUAUUUAUCUUACCAUGAAGUGUUUUUAUUUUUAUUUUUAUGUCUGACGACACUUUUCUAGCAAUAUUACAUUUUUGUAUUUAUGUACGUAGAAAAUAUCUACACAAAUUAAUUGAUGAGGGGGGGGGGCGAUUACCCUCAUCGCUCCCCCUUCAAAUACGCCAUUGACUACUUUUCAUGCUUAUUAUUUUACUAUCAGGCGGUAAGUGAUAUACCUACCAGCUAGAACUUUUACCAAUGAUAUGGGUGUGGUUUGGAGGCAUUUAAACAAAAUAAGAUAACAUCUUGGGUUUCAGUGAAGAAGGGCUAAACACGUUCACUGCGAUUGCGUAUCAAAUUUCAAAUUGUAAAUUUUUUGUAGAGUAAAUUCACGGGUAAAACGCCAAAAUCUUUAUAAUUUGUUUUAGUAGAUUCAUCCAAAGUAUUUUUAUUAAGACAUAUCUGAAUAUUUUGGAGUUUUAUUAUAUAUCUUUGUCUAUAAAUACAUUUUCCCGUCCACUUGUCUAUCAUAAAAGUAACGAACAUAAUAUUUUUUAUUGAUUGUUAAUCGUAAUAAUAAUCUUAAACCAACGUAUUCCAAAUUUAUAUUUGAAUUUUUUAAAUUUAUUUUUUAUUUAAUUUUGUUAAUGACGAUUACUUGCUACAUGGCCAUGUAAGGUCUCACCUGGAAAUGAUUUACAAUUAUUAUACAACAUUGACAGUGUUGUAAACCUCUAAACCUCUGUAUUUACCUCUAAACGAUUUAUUAAGUACAGUAAAACCUCCUUAUAACGAACCCCCUUAUAAGGCGGAAAUCUCUUUAAAACGAAAAACAACAAUUGUCUUCCAUGGUCCAUAUCUCGUAUAUUUUAGUCUUCUCACAACGGAAACUCCUUCAUAAUGGAAAAAUCAGUUGGUACCGAGAGAUUCCGUUAUGAGGAGGAUUUUACUGUAUUAUGUGCUUCACAUAAUUACGAUCAUAAUUUUCAUAAUAAUUAAAGUCAGUACAACAAAAUACAACCAUAGAACGCUGGCUAUAACAAAAUAUUAUAAUAUUUGUCCGUGUUUUUUUGUUUGUUUUUUAAAAAUAAACACGUGUAUUUCAUCACUUCUUAAUACAAUCGAAUGUUUGGAGUCAUAUUAUUAUUUAAAACUUUACAAAUAUUCUCUCGGGAAAUAUUUAAAAUCGGAUUUCGACGAAGACUUUGAAAAUCUAUUUGCUUCUGUAGCGAUAAAAAUACUCUCUACGGAGUGUUCGUCCUCGCCAUAUAGCUUGACUACAGGGAUUAUAGAGGACUGCAGUGCACAUUGUUGUAACUUUUGAUUUUCAAAAACUUGAGAGUUUAUAUAGUUAAGUUUACCGAGUUCAGUAGCGUAUACCAUUCGUUAUAGUCAUAUAGGAAAACAAAUAAUAUUUUUUCUUUAUUAUCAGUGAAAUUGGGUUGAUUCUUUUGAAUAAAUGUACUACAUUUUUUAACUGAUGAGGAUAGGAUUUAUAUUAAAAAUAAUUUUUCUCACUUCGCCCUUCAUUUGAUUGGUAUUCAGACUUAUACAAAGAAAUUGGUACAUAAUUGUUUGAAUUGUAUACUUUAUUUUAAAUGUCACAAAUUGUAAACAUCGGUUGAGAUUUUGGAAACGAGGAAUAUCAAAAAUUUAAUCCCUGAUUAUAUAAUCUGUGAGAGCAUACGAACAAAAGCGAUGUUUUAAAGAUUUUCAUGGAUCCCAAAGACAGAGAUCAACCAAAAUAUCUACUCAAUACAAGGCUAAAAGUCAGAUCAAUACAUAUUUCCUAAUAAUCUCAAAUGACGCCAAUGUUUAUUAAGUAUAUUCUUUAAGAGAUAAUAUAUUUAUAAAUAUUUUAGGUAUAUACUUCAUUUAGUUACAGUUACAUUAAGACUAUUUUUGAAAUGGGGGUUAAGUGCCCGUAUUAAAAACUUUUAAUUUUUAUUCAUAAACGCAGAAUAAACAACAUUCCAUUCGUCUAUGCGUUUUUGAAUGUUUAAUCUUAUUAUAUUGUUAGAUUAUAAUAUACUUUUUUUUUAUAAAAUUGAUUUUUUUCCGUUAUAGAUAUAAGUACUUACGUAAUGUAUUAACGUCAGUAGGUUUAUAUAAUAAAUUAUCUAUAUAUUUCGACAGUUGUCAUUUACAAAUAUAACAAAUAUAAAUUAAAUUAGAGAAGUUAUGAUUUUAUCACUAAUAAAGUCUUAAAAUUGAAUUGCGCGAUUAUUUUUUAAAUAGGUAUAACAUAUAGAUACAGUAUAAAAAUAAAGUAAUGUUUUUGGUUUAAUAACACAAUAAACAUAAUUGUAUAAAUAAAUAAAUAUAUAAAACUAUAUAAUCGUAAAUAUAAACAAAAAAAAAAAAACAACAACCGGACAUAUUUCACACGAAAGGUGGGCCACUGUUGUUAGUGAGAAGUUGAAAAUGAAGGAUAUAAAGUGGAAUUUAAUCAUUAAUCAAGAAUUAACCAUUCCUAACGGAAGACGAUUCUAAGCGGAGUUCGGUUGUACAUGUUUUAAAAGGCUGUACAAUUUUGGAUUGCCGUCAAAUUUGAUAUUAAAAUUCUUAUGAAAAAAAAUAUUACAUUAAAUUCAUAUUUUUCUUAUUGACCGCUAAGUACAACUUAUAAUGAACUUUCUAUUAAAUUGUCGAGCAUAUAUGUUUGAUUUAACAUUUUUAUCCACAGAGUAUCCACCGAAUAAAUAUUACGUAAAAAAUAGCAAAAAUUAAAUUCUAUAAAUAGCUCGAAAAUUUGUCAAACGUUUUAGAAAUUUUACUAUGUUUAGAAAAAGAAACCAAAUUUUGUUUCCAAAUUUCAAGUCCAUACUAACAUUUUACUAACAUAUUAAUUACAAUAAAAAAGAGAAAUAGAAAAUAAUAAAAGUAUUAUUUUUGUAAAUUUGUCUGUUUUUCCUACGUAUUUUCCCGGAUUUAGUUAUUAUGAAAACUUAGAAUGUAAAUAAAAUUACCUCACUGAAGUAAGAACUAAGUAGAAUUCUCUUUCAGAAAUGGUGUUUCAAUUGAUUUAUCGAAACAAGUUUUCUGGUAGAAUUUUUGUAUACUGUAUUUAUAUAAAAAAUAAACAUCAUUGUAAAACCAAUACGUUCCUCACUUCAUUUAGAAUCUGAAAAUGUUUUCUUGUUAGAAUAUAAAGUCCAAGAUCAAAUAUAUUAGGUGUAAAUAUUUAAAAGCCUAUUAUCAAAAGUGUCAUGAUAUAACUGCCCUUUGGCAUGAACUAUUGCAGGGUGAAUGUAAUUUUCCGUCAAUUUGGAAAGUAUCAAUUUAUCGGAAGGGCUCCUAAUGCUCAUUUCAUAUAAUUUAAGGGGUUGUAGUUCACAUAUAUAAAAGAAGUUGAACGCCCACCCGGUCGACUUCUAUUUGAUCAGAAUUUUUAUUUCUCCAGAGACCAAGUAUAUAUAUUUCUCUCUCUUUUGCACACACUAUCCUUGUCUCUCUCCCUUUUUUCUUUUACCCUUCCUUAAUUCUUUUCCAGCCCCAUAGUGAAUAUCCACUGGGAAAAACACACGGCAAUGGUUCUUCCAUUAAUUCGCCCUCGACAUCUCUAGUAAGUAUAUACAUAUACAUACAGCGAACCGCCGCGAAACAUACUAGUAAAACUUUGAUUACUGGUCCUAAAGUGUUUUUUUCCCUUGUUUCUUCGUUUUCCUUACUUUCCUACAAUAAGCUCCCGAGGCUUUACGGUUUCGUCUUUCGUGUAUAUAAUGUUUCAGAGUUAAUUAAACAUUUCAUAUACUAACCAUAUAAUAUCAUCUCCUGCAGGACCGUCAAUUCUAAUUAUCCACAUACAUAAUAAUAAGCACAUAUACACAUUUUGUACUCAAACUCCUAAUGUAAUUUAUUAUGAUUUCUUGAAUACUGAGUUAAAUACUUGUCGAGUAAAUGUUUUUAGAAUGCAAUUUAAAAUCUUAAAAAUCUGAUUAAAUGUACUACACUUUACGUAUAGUGCGCAUUUAUGUUUGUGCGGUGGGUUUUUAAAUUAACAACGAACUACAGUUCAAAAAUAUACAAAUAUUAAACAAAUUAAAACUGUAUGAUGUUAAGUCUGUAUAGACAAAUAAUAUUUAAAAUUCAACCCAUCAUUUGAAUAUUACAGAAAAAAAGAAAAGAAGAAAGGGCGUCACAUAAUAAACCAAGAUGAUUACAUCUAGAGUUGUAGAGUGCAAAACAUAGGGAUGGAGAAAUGAAUACUAAAAUGAUAGGAGUUAUACGAACUCAAUUAAGUUGAUUAUUUUAGAGAGAUCAAGGGAAAUUUAAACGUAAACAAGUAAAGUUAAAAUAGUACUUACUUAUAGGUAAUAAUAAUUUAAUUAUUGUUUGAUUAUUAUUAUUUAACGAACCACAUUAAUGAGAACAUUCAUAACCGAAAAUACAUAUUAACUAUUCUUAUUAUUAUUUAUCGACUCCUCGUUAUUAUUGACUUCUAAAAAAGUAUUAACGCUCAUCUGACGAAGAGGGUAUUUUAUCUAUAGUGAUUGUUAUCUCUUUAUUGUAUUCGAAAUAAAUUUAUUUAAUAACGGAUAACUCGUUAUUCAAAUUUAUUUUCAAAAAAGCGGUCGGUACGGUUUUUCCACGUUAAGUUAUAAAAUGUCGCUCAGUCAGAAUGAAAUCAAAAACGUAUUUUGUUUCGCGUUAAUAUAUUUUAAAUUCAAUUUUUAUACGUGAAGCAUAGUAUAUAAUAGUUUAACUAUGCAGGUAUAUUAAUGUUAUUUUCCGUUUAUAUUCGGUCAUUCCGUUUUAAUUUUGUUAAGCGGAGAUUUUUUUUUAGAUUAUGUGUACAUAAUAAUACAGCGGGUACAUUAUUUGCACACGCAUUAUAUACGACGUUUUUUAUUCUGUAUAGGGCAAAUAUUAUGAUACACUCACGUUUGUUAAAUGCGUCAUGAUUAAAAAUACAACCCAUCCAUAAGACACCGUUAAAAAAUUGCGAUAUCCUUAUACUAUACGGUUGUAUAAUAGUUUUUAUAGAAUGACGGACGUGUUAUGCCAAGGGAAUAUUCCGUUAUAUUAUUAUAUUAUAUUUAUACCAUGUAUAGUUAAAUUAAAUGAUGAAGGGAAAAUAUUACCAAUUUCAGAAAUUUAAUAAAGUGGGUAUAGGUCUUCUUAUGACUUAAAUAUUUCUGUUAUUCAAAUUAUACUUUAAUCUUGAAAAUGUGUUUUUUUUUUUUUUUAAUAAAAAUAUAACGAAUUUAAUAAAAUAAGUACCUAUUGUAAGUUAUUUUCAAAAUUGUAUUGAGUGAGAUCAACUAUUUCUAAUUUAAAAUAAUAUAUCUUCUUCUCUCCGGGAUAAUCGAGGACUACUAAGAUCAUCAGGUUACACAUCUAAUCCUCCAAUUAUUCUCCUUGUUUGCUGCUCGUAAUUUCUGUAGUCUGGCCCUCAGAUUAUAAAUCAAUAGGUCUCUUUUCUUCCAGGUUCUCUGACUAGAUAAACUGUAUAUAUAAGUGAAAUUAUUAUUUAUUCAAUUUUUUUUGUCAUGGUUUAAAGAAAUUUGCGCAUUUUGAUUUAAAAAUUUGUUUUAUUCAAAUAUAUUUUCGAAAUUCUUGAACUUUAAUUUUGUGACACGUUUUAGGUUAGUUCAGUGGUGGAUUUAGCGUGAGGAUAGUUGCCUAGGACGGCAAAUUUUUAGGGGCGGCAAUUUUAAGCCAAUAUUUUAUUAAGAAUACUAGGUUUUUUUAAAUUUUGUAAGGUAAUUUUUAAUCUUUACAAAUGAAGAAAACUACCUACGUAUAAUAUAAUAUAAUAAUACAAAAUAAAAUUUGCUUAAGGGCGGCAAUUGUGUAAAUCCGUAUCUGGGUUAGCUAUACUACUGCAGCUAGCUACCUAUUGCACAAUUUAUUGUUCCGCGGUUCGGGGGUAUUUUUAUAUUAUUACAAAGAGAGUAAAUUAUAUUUAAGUGCGCGGCUUGUUGUUGCGCAGAGGGGACGGACGUACAGUAACGACCGAACAGCUGACUACAGCUUACUGUGUGUAAUAAGCAACAAUUCAUGGCGAUGCAACGUCUAGUUUCAGAGACAAAUUGCAAAAAUUUCUGACCCCGUUAGUCAGCCCGGGGUUCAUGAGCCAUUAAAAUACUACGUGAAAGUGUCGUGCAUGUGUCCCUUAUUAACGGUACAUUAACCACGGGCUAACGCCACCGGUCGCCGUCAUCUAUAUCGUUUGGUAACGGGGGUAAAAAGAAAAAAAAAAUCGUUGAUUUUGAACGCAUAAAUUUAAGUCUUAUUCUAUUCUGUUAUUAUUAUUAUUGUGAAAAAAAAAAAUUGUUUCGUUGUUACAAUAACCGUGGAAUAAUAACAAUAUAAUAAUACUCGUACUAAAGGUCUUUUAAUGCGGAAAAAUGGUCUGAUGUUUUUAUUUUACAAUAAUAUAUAACAAUGAGCGUUUCGUUAAGAGGAUUAACUAACAAAAACGACGGUCGGUUUUGGUUUUCCGCGAGGUCUUCACACUCUUUUGUCCGUCCCGUUUUUAAUCUGACAAAAGGGCCGUUCUCACCAACGUUGUUUAUUAAACACAGUUUAUAAGAUAACCGUCUGGUUGGUUAUCAGCCGGUAAACUUAGUUCAAAAAUCAAAUAAACCCAUCUCUUUACGUUUGUGAGACAGGACAUAAGUGCAUUUAUCAUUAAUUUAUGUACAUUUAAUAUACGCUUCAAUUUUUUAUAGGAUUAUUAUUGUUUUUAUUAGUUAUAAGUAGAGCUAUGAAAAUUAUGUACUAAAAAUCUACAGAAAAGGUAUUCAAAAGUUACCGAUAAUGCUACAAAAAAAAAAAAAAAAUGCUUUUUAAACAUGAAAAUACUAUUUAAAAAUGACCUUAAAUGUAUAAUUCUAACACAUAUGUGUGUAAAACAAUAUGCUAACUAAUUUUUUUGUUACGACAUUUUCAUUUUGAAUUUAUAUACCAUAGGCGUUCGCAGAUUUCGCUGGCAGGGGAGACAGAAUGUAUAUAUUAUAUAUUUUAUAUUAUUAUACGUAGUAUAAUUGAAUAUUAUUUCAGUUAUUAUUUAGUACAAUUAAUAUUAGCGAUGGAAGUUUUUUAUAUCAUUAAUUUAAUUACAAAUUUUAUCAAAUAAUAGAAAUUAUACAGUUUAUUUAUAUACAAUAAUAUAAUACAUGUUGUCGGUGAGUAAUGGAGUAUCAUUUUUGUGACGGUACCGCGCGCGGUGUAUUAAUAAUGCACCAAUACUCUCCUCCAACCCAAACUUAAUAGUGGAAUAUCUCGUCAACGGGUUGACGGAAAUCAAAAAUGUCAACACCAAUAUUUAUUUUAAAGAAUAUUCCAUAUAUUUAAGGCAUUUUCAAAACAGGUUGCCUUUUUAAAAUAAAAAUUAGGCAGGCAUUUCACCCCCAAAAAAUAAGGGGUAGAAAAAAAAAUUGAUAAUGUAACAUUUUAGAACUAUUUGAUUCUUAAGUUUUCAAAAAAAAAAAAAAUUCGAAAAAAGAUAAUACUUUCCGAGAUAAUGAGCGUUUCCAAUUGAGUUAAUCACCCUGUAUAAAUAUAUAUUAUACAUGUAAAAGAAGAAAAUAAAAUACAUUUUUUACAAUUUUUAAAUAAAAACUUGUUAUCUUAGUUCUUCAGAGUACCAUUCUUCUCUCGGAGUGAGUUAAUAUUUUAAAUUGAACGAUUAGAUCGUCAAUGUUCUAGGCCAAUUUUUGUUCAAUUGACAUGGUCGAUCCUGAUGCACUGUACUACGCAAGUUGUACUAUACAAAAACAUCAGACACCGCGUAUGUAAUCUUUACAUAUUAUAAACUAUAUAAAAUUAUAUUAUAAUGUAGUUUUAAAACUAUAUUUGAAAGGAAAAUUUUAGCCCACUGGUAGGGCAGCUACCCACCUUGCCCCUCCCCUCCAUGCACACGUCUAUGAUAUGUAUUUGUACAACUAUAUAAAAUUGAACUAGUAACGUACUUAGGAUUUUUGCCAAGGAAAUAGACAUAGAAUUUGAAAAUUGUGUUAUAUUGUACUACUUGAAUCCAGGCUAAUAAAAUGAUGCAUUUUUAAUUUAUAUUCUCGUUUAAGUCACGUACAGUUCUAGGUAUAUCUAGAUAAGUAAUGAUUAUUAAUUAUGAUUAUUAUUAAUCUUCAUAUUUUAUUGGUUUGAAUACAGGUUUCGUUUUAAACAAAUAAAUGUAAUCGUUCUGGUUUUUUUUUUUUUUGAUAAAUUAACAUUAUAAUAGGUAGAUAUCGACACCGAGGGACAUUCAAGGGAUAUAUAUACAUUCAAGAUAAAUCUCUUUAAUCUCUGCUCGUAAAUGCGGUAAUUUCAACCGAAUUUCUACGAUUAUUCAUGUUCUACCUAUUCAACGCAAUAAGACAUUACACAUCUGAUAUUUAAGGGGUUGCGUAUAGGCAAUGAUUUUAAUUUAUUUUACUUGAAUAUUUGAUUAGGUAGGUGCUUAUUUAAAUGGUAAAUGUUCAAAUUGAUUUUUUUUGUAAAAUUAUUUAUGUAUACAUUUUAUUUGUCAUGUUAUUAUUGGUUUUUAUAUCCAUAUAAAAUCGCCUGAAUAGAAAGUAUGGUUCAAUGUUUUUUUUUAUUAUAUACGAAUUUUUCGGUAGACAAUUUCAUCUAGUUAGAAUAUACUUAAAGGAUUUAAUUUUUAAAUUUCCUCUGGUGUAAAAGAAAAUUAUAAAUUAUAAAUAAUUAAUAAUAAUAGUAAAUUAAUAAGUAAAUAGUAAUAGUUGAAAAACAAAGUGAAAAUUAUAUAACGGGUUUUAAUCAGUGCCGCAACUAAGUUUUUUGGGCUCCAGGGCAACAGAAGUUUUAGUGCCCCAAUUUUCCGUGCAUAAUAUACCCUCUUUCUUUUAAUAAAUUAUUUUUCAACCCUACCACAAGUACUUAAAAUAUAACCGUGAUGUUUCGUAGGAUGAUUUCUCAAAUUUGUUUACACCAGUGUUCGGUAAACAAAACAAAAGACCAUAAAGAUCACAAAUUGUAUCAUCAGAAUUAUAUUUAAACACCACUUACUCAGCCGGUUUGAUAAUAAAAACAAAAUAAAGAAGUACAAUAUGUAAAAUAAAAUGUAACUAUUAUCAGUAUUGUUUUAAAUAAUCAAAAUAUAAAUCUUUAUUUUAAAACUUCAUCCUCCUUGCCUUUAAAUUUGAAAAAAUCUGUUAAAUUUUAUUUAAAAAUAACUAAUUACUUUAGUACGAUGCUGUUCAAUGUUUAAAACUGCAACAUUUGAUAAUCGGUUCUGUCCCAUUGAGUUCCUUAAAUCAUUUUUCAUCAUUUUCAAUUUAGAGAAUGAUCUCUCGGCAGUAGCAACUGAGACUAGCAAAGUCAUACAUAUAAUACAAGCUCUGAAAACUUCUGAAUAGCUCCAGGACAAAUCAUUUUCUAAAAUAAAUAGUGUUAAAUCAAGAAUAGACUACACAUUUUUAUGUUUCAUUAUUUUUUUAAGAGGCAGAAUUUGAUACGUUAACUCGGAAUCAACAUUCGACUUGUAAUUUUGAAUAAAACUAUAACUGUUUUUGAUUUUUUCAGUUUCUGAUUUAAUAAUUGAUUCCGGCUUUAAAAGUUCAAAUAUAUCACAGACAUCUCGAAAACUUUCAAAUCUUGAUUUAAGCUAUACCAAUACAGUAUCAACAAGGGGAAAACAUAUUUGUUUUUUAAAAUUAUUUUUUGUGAUAUUUAACGUAGAGUAAAUCAUACGGUCACCAUCCACUUCAUCAAACUAUUUUGUAAACUAUUAUAUGGUAUGUCUCGUUUUGUACAUAAGUCUUUUGUAUAUUUCACUAUAUUAAUGUAGUUAUUUCUAAGAUUUUGUAUUGAUGAAAAUAAUUCAGCUAAUUUAUCACGUAAUAAUUAAUAAGAAUAGUCAGACUCAGAAAUUAGUUUCUCGAAUUUUAGCAUUUUGAACUCUGUUGGAUUAAAUUACAAAUAUUAUAUUUGUAGGUUUUUUCUCUGUAAAAUGUGCAAUUUUUUAUUGUGUAGAAUAAUAACUAAUAACAUAAUAACUUAUCAGUUAGUCGAGUGAAAUAUUCGUUGGUAAUAAACUUAAUAUUUUCUGUACACUCAUAAACACCGGCGUUGUACCGUACUGAUUCCAAUUUAUCCUUGUCGGUGUCUAUAACUAUGACUGGUAUAAAAUUAAUAAUUUAAAAAAAAAAAUAGUCUUAUAUUUUAAAUGAAAAUAAUAUAUUAUAGAUAAAUAUGUACCUUUUUGACAGCUUUUGGCCAAUUGAAUGACGUUGCCACUGGCAUCGCGAAACGGGUUAAUGGUGAUCCCGUUCGGAAACCGAAAACGAUCAACAAUGUGUUUGGCCAAAACUUCGGAAAAUUCUGAAUAGAAAUUCUCUGUAAAACAAUAAAUGUUAAACAAAAAAAUAUUAAACGAUUAAGACGAAACACGAUAAAUUAUUUUUAGACAACGAAUAGGUACUGUGGUUCAAAAGUAUUCCGAGGUAGAAACGUUAAAAAAAUAAAUGACGUAGUCAAUAUUAUUUACAUCGUUCAAAAUUCUUUCAUUGUAGUCUUACCGAGAAAAAACAAAUUUAUUAAGUAUACAAAACACAUUUUGUUAUGUUUCGUCCUCGUAAAACUUUUUCACUUUGGUCGUAUAGUCCAGAGCCUUGGUUCUAUUAUACGACGUGAUUUUUACUGAAAUAAUACAUCAAAAUAGGUAAUAUUAUGGCUUAUUUCGUGGCUACCCCCUGCAUUUCUGCAGACCUUCCCCUAUUUGGAAUCAAGUGGACGCGCCCGAUGUGCACACGGCACAGGUCAUAAUAUUGAGUUCUACAAGCAUACGCAAAGUGUAUCCAUGAGCCACUUCAGAAUAUUACGAGUAAAUAUCAUGUGGAAUAUUACUACGUCUAGAAAAGUCUAUUAUAAGGAGUCUGUAAACAUUUUAGAUUUCUACCAGUAUUUAUAACCGAAUUCCAAAAAAAAUUAAAAAAAUCCAAUUAAUAAAAUCUUAUAUGUUCCUUCUAGUUUUUCAAAAUUAUUAUGAAAACCAAUUGGAAAAUAAAAAAAAAAAUGAUUACCGUAUCAAGGAUCACAAGAUCUAAAAUGCAACAAGAAAAGUCGUGUCAUUUUAGAUUAGACAAAGAUUUCUAAUAGAAAAGUUGCUAACAGACAGAAAAAUUGUUCAUAAAGUGCACAUCAUAGUAAAACUAAUACAUUCCUAACUACAUUUUGAAUCUAAAAAACCUUUUUAUUUUUUUUUUUUUGUGUACCUAUGUACAAGUAUUCUAUCAGAAAUUUUACUCCAAUUUUCAAGUGUAGUUUAUUUUCUGAAAACCGUAAAAAAGAAAAUAUUAACGGCCGCGGCAUUAACGAUUUUAUAAUUUUUAAAUUUGUUCGAUUUGAAGGUUUUUUUUAUACCGGAAAUCGAAAUUCAAGUACCUAUAGCAUGUUUUUUGAAACAAAAUUUUGUUUUGAGUAAAUCAAUGUAUAUGUCCUAUCUCACCAACUUUCUAUCUACAACAGUCGAAGUAUUAGUUUUUUUUUAACUUUCUUCGUUUUGAGAUUAUGUUAGACUUGAAGUGAAUUUGAGGAAGUGCAAUAAAUUCAAUGUUAUAAAAAUGUUAUUUUAACGUUAAGAGAAGUAAUAUUAAUCACGUUCUUCAAAAAAUAAAAAAAAUAAAGGUUUUGACCAUUCCUAAUUUAAAAAAGACACUUACCGACGUAUAUUCGCCUUCUUUACACUGUAAAUAAAACUGUUUGAGUAUUGAGUACACAUUUUAAAAAUUAUUAUUUCUAGUUUUUUAAAAUAAUGAACAUACCAUUAUUUUAUUGUUAUUAUUUUUUUAAUUUCUACUCCGAACCGAAUUGUAAAUUCAAAUUAUGAUGCUUUUUUUUUGUGUAGCAUACUAGGUGUCAUUUCUUUAUAACAUUAUUUGUAUGCGCGUAAUAUGUUUUGAGUUUUAUCGUAAUGGAUAUGUUGUGAUAACCAAAACAAACCCAAAUUAGAGACGGAAUUUACUGUUUUGAAAAAUACAUAAUAAAUCACGUUAUACUCUCGCUACUCACUCUCCGCACCCUCGGUGUGACACUGUUAUUUAAAAUCUGAACUCCUGGACUCAGAUUUACAAUAAUAUAUUAUGUGACACUCAUUUGAAAAAAAAAAUGUUAUUGUAAAAUAUUGCACGGUGUCCCACAAAAAAAAAAAAAGUAAUAAUAAUAAUUUCACGCGUUACGAAUCACACAUAAUAUAUAUAUAUAUAUAUAUAUAUAUAUAAAUAUAUAGAGGGGAACAUCUGUCGCUACCGUUAGCUGCCACCCCUUUUAUAUUUUUGUCGAAAAGCGCAACACGAGUUCUGAGGUCUGAAAUUGACUCUCGCCAACAGGCCAUAUGAUUCGUAUUUUUCCAUUCGAUCAGUUUUAUUAAUGACUUUUUAUGUAUAAUAUUACGAAGACGACUUUGUUCUCGCAUUAUUUAUUUUCUAUACUCGUGUUGUAAAAUAAGUUAUUUAAUCUAUUAUAAUUGCAAAAUAUUUUAUAGAGUUCUGAGAAUUAUAGUGAAGAAGCUAUUUGUAAAAUUAAUAGCCUUUUGUGUUUCUUUCUCGGAAAACCCUUUUUCGAUUAGUAAAAAUGCUUCAACUUUUCCAUACCAUAACUCAAAAGAUUCGGAAUUUCCAGCCGGUAGUAUAUUAUUUGAAACAAUUUAUGGCAUUUUUAACAGAUCAACCACUCAACUAGGCCUAUUGUUGGGUGGUUUUAAGUUUUUGUUGAUGUAUCCGCAAGAGUAAAAACUAAUAUUACUACUCAGAAUCGUUUUUCAUUUACAUUAAACUGAAGUACAUAUAUGUACCCAACCUUCCAACUACUCACCUGAAAUAGUGACCCAACAAUAGUGUGAAGUUUAUAUGUAUAUUGUAAAUGUCUGGUUAAAGUAUUAGCAUACUUACGAUAUUUACAAUUUUAAAAAUACUAUGCAUAUACAAAAUCGUGCAUGUUUAACAGUGUUUUAAAGUUCGACUUUUAGGUUUCUACGAGAGAUACUGGACGUUAAUCUCUUUUUCGUUUUCGUUUAUUCAUCUUUAAAAUAUUGUUAUGGUUUAUUGAUAUUUAUUGUUAUUGAAGAUAUCAUUUUUUGCAAAUAACGUUUUUGAUUAUUAUUUUUGAAGAUGUAUCUUAUCUUAUCUAUCUAUAUAUAUAUACUUGACCAUAGUUUUUAAAGAUGAUAUAAAAGAAAACUACAGUAAAAUCUUUACAACUUCCAAAACACUUUUUAAUUUAUAUAAUACAUUUUAUGAGUAUUUAUUUUAUAGUUUUUAUACCUGCUAAUAAAUAACAAUACAAUUUUAAAAUGACAUAAGUUUUCACUUUCGAGUUUUAACAUUAUUAAUUAUAUAAAUGAAAAUAAGACACUGAAAACACUAAAAAUCAAAAAUUAAAUAAUAAAAGUAUUUUAUUUAUCAUCUUCCAAAGUUCUCUGACAAUGUUACAUUGCUACUAGUUGCCUAUGUACCGAGAGCGAAAGUCGACGACGGCAACAUCGUGUUAAAUUGUUUCGCGGUAAAUAUUUUUUCCAAUUAUUGAAAUGAUAAAUUUCAUUAUGUCUUUGAUUUUUUUUUUUCCGUUAUUGAAUUUUCUAACCGUUUUCAUGUAUUAUUUUUUUCGAUUAAUACCGUUAUUCAUAAACGAUAUCAAAAAGGUUUUCUAUCCCUGGUUACUUAAUAUAAGCAUAUACUUUAGGUUACAAGGAGCUAAGCUAACUGAUUUGUAUGAAACAAACGAAUGUCUCUAAGAUUAUCAUUUUAUGAACAUCAUAAAGAAAACCUAAUUUUAUCUCUUAUGAUCAAUAUCUUAUUUUUGCACGACAUUAUAUGAAACUUUGAGUAAUUUUACUUUAAAAAGUAUAAAUAGUUAGCACUUGCCAGUAUAAUAUUUGUUCGUUAAAUCCCGAAAAUUUCUGAACGGUUUAUUAUCUUUUUAGCGUUGAUUUUAGCCUCUUAAAAAAAAGAGUUGAUACUGCUCAUAGGUGUAUACCUAUGAGCAGUAUCAACUCUACAGUUAAUACAGUUUUUAUUUUAUCACGUCUUGAAAAUGGUAAUAUAUUUUGUGACAAUUUUGAGAUUAUUUGUAAUUGAUUUACAACAAAUAAACCAAAUCAUAAAUAAAACUCGUAGAUAUACUAUUAAUGUCAUAAACAGAUUAGAAAGUAAAUAUUUAAUUUUUUUUUUUUUUUUAGAUUUUUAGUGAUGUUAGGGAUGUAUUAGUUGUACUAUGAUAGGGGUUUUUUUAAGUCUGUAAACAACUUUUCUGUCAAAAAUGUUGGUUCAAUCAAACUUAGAGACAAAAACAACUAUGGAAAAAAUUGAAAUUUUUAGUAGUACCCAUUUAAUUAUUAGAAACUAUAUUUUAGAUUCUGAAUGGAACGAAGAAGCUUAUGGUUUUACAAAGAUGUUUUUUUUUUUUUUUUAUCUGUGUGCAACUUUUCUUAUAGAAAUCAUUGUUCAGAUUUUUAAGUGUAGCACCUUUUCUGAAAGGAAACCGGUGUGCAGAGGUACUUUAGCGAGGUUAUUUUUCGAUUUUUCCUUUAGUUUUCCUAGCAAAUGGACAAAACCGGGAAAAACGGGAAAAUUGGACUAAUUUUGAAGAAAUAUUAUUAAGGAAAAUAAUAAAUGUCCAUUUAAUUAUUUUAUCAUAAUAUGACAAAUUAUGCGUAUAUUGUUAUUUAUUGUUGACAAAGCUUCACUAUCAAUUGAACUUAGCUCAGAAUCGUUUUUUCGUUAGCAAUAGUUUAUCGUUGAUUACGGGUAUACAUUAAAUUACCUAUAACAGUAGUUGCAUCCGUCUCCAUUCCUUUUGAUUAUAAUUUUUGGUGGUAAUAAUGGCUAAAUCGAAAAAUCGAAUAAAAAGGAUAUGAAAAAUGUUUUGUUUUUGGGUUUUAGCAACUUUUUCCUCUAACCAUUUUCGUAUUUGGCCAUAUUUUUCGCAGCUAUUUCUGUUUAUGACCAUUUUUACCUGGCCAUUUUUGGUUAUUAUUAUCGAUUACCAUGGGAUACCUGACUAAUAAAAAUGUAAUAUGUACUGAGUAUUAAAUACAUAUAUUAUGUUGGUGAUUUUUUUACUUUAUAUAGUACACCAGUCUUUUCAAUGGAUUUUUUUUAUAUUUACGAACCAUUUUCGAUCGAAACAAAAUUAACAGUAAAUUAUAAACAUUUUUUACAUUUUUUGAUUUAUUGUAAAAUUCAAAGUAUAUAUAUUUAAAAUUUCGUAUUGUUAUAUGUUAUAUAAUGUUUGUUGGGUAUUAAUAAGGUAUAGUUAUUGUUACUUACUGUCUUGUAAUACUUUCGACAAAAGUGAUAUAAUACAUUUUUUCUUCUAAUUUCGACAAUAAGUAUGUCUUAGAGUAUAACAUAAAACCUUUCUGUGAAAUAUUGUUUCGGAUAAAUACUCGAAAUGUAUUUUUGACACGAACUAAUUACCACCCGUCUUACUCUUUUAACUGUCUGAUCGAUUAAUUCCGGUUCGGUUCGAUUUCGUAGCAAUUUACAACGAUAUAUCAAAAAAAAAAAAAAAAAAACUUUAUUAUCUAAGUAUGAUUCUUUAAUUUUCGUUUUUCAAACGUCGAAAAUAUAUUGAUAACGCGAUCGAUAGGUAUACACUAUAUAUGUAUAUUGUUUAUAAUAUAUAUUUAUAAGUAUAUACUAUGCUUCAGUAUUAGUGAACAAAACCUAUUUAAAAUGUUAUUACUCAUUAUUUAUAGUUAUCGAUUUACUAUAGUUAAUGUACUAUAUAUGCUUACACUGUAGCUCUAUGUAGCUGUAUAAUAAUAUAAUAUACCCAAGGAUUAUCGAGUUAAUUAAUUUUACAAGAAAUAAUCAAUAAUCGUGGAUAAUUACUGUUUGCCUUUUAAUAUUUGAUAUUGGCCCGUUAAAAAUAAUGAGCGUAUAGUUUUUGUUGUACAUAAUUAAUUUGUAAAUAUAUAGUUACAAAAAUUUAACAAGGUGUUAUAACCAUUUAAGUGAAAUAAAUAAAUUAUUAGGCAAUUGUGGGUUUUUUUCUAAUCCAAUGGUUAUCGCUGGAUAUCUAGUGAUUCAGCUAGUGACACUUUUAAAUUUUUUUUCGACCGGCGCUGCGUGGAGUAAAAAGUUAUUAAUAGUUACUGAUUUCCGUUUUGUCCCCAUCAAGAACCUGAUCUUUUCCCCGCAUUAAAUUUGUUAAUUUUUUGUUACAUUAGAAUUUAACUACGUAAUCAAGUAUCUUUGAGCCAUAUUAGUUAUAUAUACAUACUGUCUCAUGAAGAUAUACCCCUUGAAUAUCUCCGGAGAUAUUAAAGAUAAAUUCUGAUUUUUACAUAUUACUCACAAAAAUGAGGAUUAAAAAUAUUUAUUUUUUUUAAAAAUUAACUUUAUUUUAUUAUUUUGGGAAAAUGUUAAGAUAGCCAUUCUGUAAAGGUUGUUUUUCUGAAAAUUUAAAUACAUCACACAUUUAUAUCCGAUGAAUAGUUUCUAAGUAACAGCCAUUUUAAAUUCUAUUAAUCCGUGUGAAAACUGAUAUUAUCGCCUAACGCGGUUAUGUUAUUCUCUAGAUAACAUCGGUUUUCACACGGAUUUAAAACUAAUUUCUUGUAAAUCGUUACCAUUGAUUUUGAGCAGAACUGAUUUCUGGGAGUUUUUUCAAACAUUUGAACAUAGAAUCGUUGAAUAUGAUUUUAUUUACAGUAUUUUGAAAAUUUGACCAGUACACCGUAUCAACACAUAUUGACUAUUGAUUUUAUUACUGUCUUCCAGUUCCCCUCACAUUGUCAAAUCAGGUGUAAAUAGAGAAUAUUCUUCUUUAUACACAUUCGGAUUUGCAUUUCACACUAAUAUUGGAUUAUUUGGAUUCGCUAUUUAUGAGUUGUAAACUUAUAACAGUUUAAAAUUUAGACCGAGGGAGUAGAUAGGAUUAUUAUGAUAUUACCAUCUACUGUGAUAUAUCAUUUAUAUGUAAUUAAGAACCUUUCUGUGCUCUUUCGGUUUACAUUUUGAAAAAGUUAUAACUAUGACGGUAUGUCCGAUAUAAGUGUUGGGCAUUUCAACCUUUUUUAGAGUAUAAUUUUUAUAUACUUCCGGAAUGGUUAGAAAAAUAAAAAUAAAUCCUAUGGAUCACAAUAUUUGUAUUUCUUUGAAAAUUAUACUUCCAUCGAAAUUAACUUCGAAUUCACAGUACCUAUCCUAGAGUAGACGCUAAAACGGUUUAUUAAAUAUAUUUUUGAUUUUUUGCUUUAAUUUAAUGUGUAAGACUGUAAAUACCUAUGUGUGUUGCUUGUCCGAAUUAAGCAAUAUGUACGUGUACAAACUUAACUAAGAGAAAACUAUAAUUUAAAUGUAAGUUGUAUAGGUACUGAAAUUAUUUUUAUUUUUUUUUAUAAUAAUUGAAAAAUUAUUUUAGUCUGGCCGUAGUGAGUAUUAUACUUGUUUUUUUCAUUUUUGGCUGAUUUUGAAUAACUUUUUUUAGCUCCAAUUAUCAACUGUCUCAUCUUUUCUAAAUUUUAACUAGUUAUUCUAUUGAGGAGGUCAUUAUUUGAUUUUCUUUGUAGUUUAAUUAAUAGCUGGAGAAAACCGGAAAAAUGUUGGAAAUUGUCUGGAUAACUGCAGCGUUUACAGAAAAAACCUAAUAUUUUCUUUAAUAUUUUACCAAAUUGUUUUGUUUGUCUUAUUUUAUAAAAACAAGAAAAUACGACAGUGCAUCGUAAAAAUCUACAUUUUUUUCCAUAGGAAAAGUGAAAAUAAAACUCAAAAUCGCAUUUUUUGUAUUAAAACACUAUACCUACACAAAAUUAAAUUUGCAGACCGAAUGUUUUGCAACCGUUGAGUGUUGUAGGAUGCAAUCAGACAUAUUCCGAUUACGGAUCAUCGAGAUGAAUUAUUUGUCUACAACAAUCGACGAAACGCAAAGUGUUUUUAGUUGUUUCGGCUGUGGUUAAUUGGGGUAUAUAUAAAUGCAUUUUUUUUUUUUACUGAUUUUCAUGUAGGUAUAACGCGUAAUACUGCUCGUUUAUUAUUAUUAUAUGAUGAACAGCGGUACUCCAACACAUACAUAAUGCAAUUCGGCACUAAUGAUGCAUUUUCUACCAAUUUGGCGUCGGCAUUGUCACUUACUCUACUGUACAACACAGUACACGUAUAUACCAUUUGUCCGCGAGAAAAGCAAUUUUCAUUUUGGUUCAACUAGAUGUUCUAGCCUAAAACAUUCAUAUUAUCGUGAAUUAACAUACAUUUCGACGUACGUGGGGUAAAUUGGUAAAGGGUAAAAGUACGCAGGACGUAGGUAGUUAUGGAAUUAUUGAAUCGGUCUCUGAAUGCAGUAGGUUUUGGUAUAAGUAUUAAUAAUUUGGUACUGCAUUUUUUAGAAUAUUAUUUUUAAUAUUAAUUUUAGAUUAAACAAGUAAAUAAUAGAGGUGGCAUAAAAUAUCAGUAGCAGUUAUAUUAUCAUUACUAUUUCUUAAUAACGUUAGUAAGCUGUAAAUCAAAAUAACUAAUAGCUGCAAAUUUUAUUCCUAAUUGUUUUUCUUAUUAUUGUAGUAGUUACAAAAUACUAAAAGACUGCUAAUUGCAAUGAACCAAGGCUGUCUCGAAAGACAAAUCAUAAGAGAAGGGCUAGCCUUAUUAUUUUGCUGACUCUAAAAAACAAUUUUUUUGCUCCGCUCAAAUUACUAGUAACAUUAAACAUAUAUUUCAUAAACAUAUCUAUAUACAUAUAAAUAUUUAGCAUUUAUUAAAUUAUUAUUUUUUGGUAUUGGUAUCUAGUCAUUACAUAAUAAUAGGAACAUUAGGUUAAAUAAAAUUAAAACUUAUAGGAUGGAAUUUUAUGAGGAUUAUUUAUUCACUAAUGGUAAAUAAUUUGUAUGCAUCAAAAUAUAGAAUUAUCAAAAAUGAAUUCUUCUUUGUUCCAUAUUAUACCAUUGUGUAGUUAUUUUACUUACAUCAACUUCAUUCAAAAUAUCUUUUUUAAUACUUAAUAGCAUUAAUGAGUCUAACCUAUUGUCUACCAUUGUUAACCUUAAAUGAUUUUUAAUAAUUUUAUGUUAACGUCUAAACGUCCGUUCAUUGGUUUGAUCGAUUUUAAUUUUAGAAACGGAUUUUAAUUGAUUAACAAGUGUACUACAGGUUUUGAAGAUGCAAGAACCGUCAGAAUUUUCCCGUGAUAAAUAAAACGCGAUCGGAAUUAUCAUUUAAACUUAUGUAUAGAAACCAUUUACGAUCGUUUUAUGGCGCUAAAGUAAUUUUUAUCGGUAACAAAUUCAUAUAUAUUUUUUUUACACAUAAUAAAUUCCAUAAUUCCCAUAAAGCUAUAUCUACACAAGAUAAAUAAAUCGGCCAUUUGAAAAUAUUUUUGUACAAAUAUCCAUAUUGGUUUAAUAUAUAAUUUCCUUGAGUACCUUACCCUAACUGUAUACAAUAUUUUAGAAACACUACAAAGAUUUAUUUUUGGUGAAUAUUUUGACAGUUCGGAUAAACCACUUAGGGGACUGCAAUACUGUAUGUAAGAUCAUUUACAAGUACCAAUUCCAUUAAAUAUUAUAAUAUUUGAUCACAUUUAUUUUUAAAUUCAUUUAUACCCGGUUGUUGUAUAAUAUAUUAUAUUUAAUAAUUUCAUGAGAUAUUUCCGAAUCGAAUACUAAUUUGUUAUUAGAUUAAAAUAAUUUAACAUUAAUCAACGAAUACGAAAAUAAUUGCUUUGUAUAUCUGUAUGCAAUCAUCAAUAAUUUCAUGAGAUAUACAUUUUUAAUUUUAAUGAAUUUAUAUUAGAAAACAAUUAGUUAGAAAAUUGGAAAGAUGCGGAAUCGUACGAACAAAAAACAAAUAAUUGGGAAAACUAUUCGUUUUACUACGACUAUACUAUGACGUUGUCUGGUGUGUUUAUUUUUCGAUAUUGUCAGUUAGUUUGGAAUCGGGGUAGUGGGAUUAUAGUAAAAUGUUUGCAAUUGAUGGAUCGAUAGUACGUUAGACACUUAUAUAACAGUUACGUGAUAAAUAUUCAAAAAUGAACAUUUAACAAAUUUCCACGGGAUACUACUUUGUAUUUUGAUAAUAUAUGAAAUAAUUUCGCUUCUCGACAAACGUUUAGGUGUAUUAUAUUUAAAAAAACUUAGAUGGUAAUAAUUAUUGUUAUAUCCUGUUGCAAUUAUAAGUUUCUUUUUAUUCAAUGCUUUCCGGAUAUCCGAACAAAAAAAAAAAAAAAAUAGGUACUUGCCCAUAUAGUUGUCAGAAUAUACCUACUUAAAGAAUACCGCAUUAACAGGAAAUAAUCCAAUCCGAUGGUUAACAAUACAGACGUUUCGUAAUUAUUAUAAAAUAAAGGACACUUGUUCCCUGUAAAAGGAAAUAAAGUGUAUACAGUACCUGUAGUUUAAUUAAACACGCGAGUAAAGAACGAAAAUCGUAAAAUUUCUUAGAAUAUUAAGAAAAACAAAUUUUAAAAAGUUCUUGUUCGGAAAUAACUUUUUUGUAUGGAUUUUAUAAUAUCGCCUUUUAUUUAUUUAGCUUAUUACCUUAUUGAUAAUCGAAUUCACGAUACAACGCGCGUAGUUCCCUCAAAAAACUUGAGAUUUCGCACGAAGACAUGGUUUCAACAUUCAGAAUGAGAAAAAUGAUUUAGAGGUAUAUGCAUAAUAUUAUAGGGUUAUUGACGAAUACGAAUCUCUAAGUGCUGAAUACUGCAAUGGAUCAAAAGUUUUCGAAAUUCACUGACAGAAUCAGUAGAUGCGCAAAUCCUUAAAAUUACAUAUAAUAUGAAUCCAUCAAAAUUUGUUUAAACUUUAAGCUUUCUUUCUAUAAUAUUAGGUGAGAUGCUCUGUGAAGGGUUUUUGCGCUUCUAAUAUAAUACCUACACAACUUACAAGGAUCCUACGUCAUGUUAUUAGUAUAACAUAAAUAGAGUACAUUGACAUACAGGACGCGUAUUUCGAUAUAAUAUAUUAUUUCCAUUGUCAUGCUAUCAUUUUCUAGUUCGUUCUUAACAUAUCUGCCUACGACUUUACAAAAUAUAAUAUAUUCAAUUUAUACAUUUUUAUACCGUUUUGUAUUGCCGUAAUAAUUUUGUAUUUGUAUCUAUUUAUGGAUUUAUUUUUUUUUAAAUUCUGAGUGGAGCGAAGAAGCUUAUGGUUUUACAAAGAUGUUUAUUUUUUUAUUUUUUUAUCUGUAAACAACUUUUCUACCAAAACAUUUACUCGGAUUUCUACGUGUAGCACCUUUGCUGAAAGGAAAUUAGUGUGUGGAGGUAAUUUAAGUAGGUCGUUUUUCAAUUUUUUUCGGAAUUUAUUCAACAAAUGUGAAAAAAAUCGAAAAAUGUAUAAAAUAUAUUUUUAUAACGAUUUUUUUUCUGUGGACUACUUUUCUACCAGCAAUUUUACUCCAACUAUUAAUGAAAGCAAUGUUUCUAAAAGGAAAUUUUAUUAGGGAAGUACUUUAAAGAGAUAAUUUUUCCAUUUUUCUCGGAGUUUUCUCAAUAAAUGUUAAAAACUGACAAAAAAAACGGAGGAAAAACUGGAAAAUUUACAAAAUAUAUUUUUUGAUUGCAAUGAUUUGUCGUUGAUUUCAGUAUUUUAUACCUUUUUAACAUUCUACCAACAACGUUGGUUUUUAAACAUAUUUUAUUUUAUUAUAAAUAAUAAAUAUAUUAAUUGUAUGCGUAAAUAAAUUUAUAAUUUUUUUCAGUGCUUCAAUUGAUAUAAUAAAAAUUAAAUCACUAAGAAAAUAUAUCGGUUGCAUUUUAAAUAAUUAACAAUAGGUCUUAUAUCAAAUACAAUUAAAAAUUGAAGAACCCUAAUUAAAUUGUGAUAGUAUAAUUUGUCUGAAAUGUAUUGAAUUAAAAAUAUAAUAUUAAAGAUGUAAUAGAAGUUAGACGACAUUAAAAUAGAAGAGUAUAAAAAUAAAUAAAUUGUUUUGACUUUUCUUAGAUUUCGUUCUCUUUACCGAAGUGUCACGAGACUAAGAAUUAACUACAGUUGUAAUCAUUUAAUGUGUGUACCCGGUAAGUAUUAUCCAAAGACGCGGAAACGUAAAAAUAUGUGUUUUUAUCUUUUUGCCAUUAAAACUUUUGGCACGCGAAUAUAUUUAAGCUGCCAUUUAAGUACGACUUAUAGGUUAGGUUACUAAUCACGAUUCUAUAAAGGUACCUGCUCUUUUGGUUUUAAAUGGGUAAAAACUCUUAGGAAAUAAAAAUAUUGACGCUCUUUAAGGAAAUAGAAUAUUAUAAUACUGUACAUUUUACUGAAAUGAGAUGGCUUACAUUUGUCUCGGUCACUUACGAAUGAUAUAAAAUUAAUUUUGAAUUAUCUAUAGCUACAAACUUAUUAAAAAUUUAACAUUCUCGUAUCAAUAAAUAUUUGUGUGCAUAAAAUUAAUGUUAUAUUCUAAGUUUUAACUAUAAAUAAUUUAAUUAUGAGAUUUGAAGUACAUCCAAAUUACCGUGAAACGAUUUUGAAAAGACUGACACUUGAACUCUUCCAGAAGAUGAGCGCAACGCUGGAACAAGUAAAUCAGACUCGAGGGGGGAGGGGGGAGUACCGUGUGACCAUAGGUGUAUAAAUCGUAAAGAAAUACUGAAUGAAAUUUUAAAAUUCUUGUUAUUUAACUACUUCACCACGUAAACACAGGAAUCGUGUGAUGUCUUCCAAUGUGAGUGAUUUUACAUAAAAUGUAUAAAAUCUAUAAAAAGGAACCGAAACGUGGGAGUAAAAAAUAACAAAACCGAACGAUGAUAUUUAUUUAUCUUAAAUUUUGAAUUGUUUGUAUUCGUAUGAGCGUAACCUAACCGUUCGAAAUCUUUCACCGAUAAUAAUAAAGUAAUUUAUACUAUACUUUUUGUAUUUAUUAUAAACAAUAUCGAUACAAUUUAUUGUUUCCCAAAUUAUUUCUAACUACAUCCACAGCAAUACUUGUGUUAAAGUUUAUAAACGCCAUGCAAAAAUGUAAUGGCGUCGUAUUUAUAAGCUCGUCAAUAAUAAUAUUCAUAAAAUAAUAACUCAUUUCUGCGGUGUCUGAUUUUCGCAAAUUAAUUCCCGUAUAAUAUUUAUAAUAAACUGUAAUAAUAUUUCUAUUCUUGUCGCUUAUCGGUUAGGUUUAGGUAUCAUCGUAUCGACUUUUUAAUUUUAAAUGACGAUCAACCAUCAUUGUAUGUACAAGUAUAUAAUUACUUUAUUAUAUUUUUAUUUCAAAUUAGAGUUUAUAAUUAUUAUAUUCUCACAAAAAAAAAAAAUGUCGGUUAGUAAUAAUUUAAUACUGAACGCAAUUUGAAUAAUUUAAUGCUUAAACUGCGGGUUGGACGAAGUGUAUAUCCACAGGAAUAGUAUAUACCUAAGCUUUUUUUUAAAAUUUUUUUUGAGUUUAUUCUUUUGUAUAUUAGAGGUCUUAAACUGCUGAUUAAAUACCAAUAAAAUGCAGCUAGUUCUUAGUUUUUAUAAUAUAAUGUUUGAAACCUUGCAUUAUCCAUUGAUAAUUUAUACAAAAUAUUCUUCCAAUUUCCAUGUGUACAAAAAUGUAAUUGGUUGGGGUUGCAAGGGGUCUUCACGUUUUACUACCUAUUUAUAGCGUUUUAGCACCCCCCUCACAAUUUUAUCUAUUUGUACUUAUGAUUUGUGCUGGAUCGUGGGCUGGUUUAGUUUAUAUUUUCCGCGCUUAAAAAUCACUAAAUCGGUAAUCGGGAACUUGUAUAAACGUCUCAUUUUGUAGCUAAAAUAUAAUAGCAAAAGUAUAGUACCUAUGUUAUCACGUAACACAGUUAGGUUAUUCCUUAGAUAACAUUGGUUUUCACACGGAUUAGAAGAAUUUAAAAUGUAUAGAAACUAUUCAUCGGAUAUAAAUGUGUGAUACAUUAGAAUUUUCAGAAAAAUAAACUUUACAGAAAGAAUUGCUAUCUUAAAAUUUUCCGAAAAUAAUAAAAUAAAAAGUUAAUUUUUUAAAUUCUUUUACUAAAAAAAAAAAUAUAUUUGUAUUCCUUAUUUCUGUAAGUAAUAUGAAAAAUCAGAAUUUGAUUAUCAUCAUUAUCUCCAGAGAUAUUCAAUGGGUAUAUCUUCAUGAGACGAAGUAUAUAUAUUAAAAAAAAAGUAAUUUAAGAAAUUAGAGCGAUGUAUGAAAACACAAAAUUUAUCUUUAUCGCUAUACGUUUGUAUGGUAAAUCGGAUCGAAUCUAUUUAAAAAGUUAUUCAGCAAUUAGUUUUGUUUAUCAUAUUUAUAUUUUAUACAGUAUAAUUUAAAUUAUCAAAUUUGUACGUACAGUUCAAAUAAAAUUUACAUAAAAAAUAUUUAAUAAAAUGCGACUGCAAUUGUAUAAAACUUGUCUGGCUCAGCUGAUACAGGCUCAACUGUUUUAAAAAUAGUGUAUUCAAAAAAAAACUCACCAGUUCAUUGGAUAUCAUAAUAAAGUUUUUCGUUGUAAAAUAAAACCAUUAUGAUUCUAUUAAACUCGUAUCGUUGAAUCGUAUUUUAAGUUAUAAAGGGGAGUAAAUAAAGAAAAAACUGCCGUUGGAUAUACUUUUUAUAUAGUUCAAAACAAAUUGGUCUUCAAAAUAUUCUGAUCUCGUUGCUAGUUUUAUUGUCCGCGGUAAUUUAUCACUAGGUAACUUACGAGACAACAAAUGCUAAAUGUUGAAGAUUUUUUUACGACUUAGAUGAAAAAAAACCUACAUAUGCAUAUGUAGGUUUAGGACCUACAUACAUAUGGAUAAUACAAAAAGUUUAAGUAACGAAAAAUUUAGGUAUUCUAGAUUUAAAAAUGCUGUUUUUAUUCUUUAUUUUUUAAGUUAUUGUUUUAUUAAUUUCAUCGAGUUGUUAUUUUUCCUCUUUUACUAUAGUACUUUUUCCACACUAAAUAAAAUACGGCAGGUACUAAAAUUUAGUAGACGCGUACCCACGGAGAAUUAUAAAUAUUUUAUUAAGGUUGUUUUUUUUUUAUGUUAUUUAAAUAAGUCUGAUUUUAAAUCUUUUAUAUAGGACGUGUGUUCCGGUUUGUCUGCAACGUUUUUAGUUACCUCUAUACAAAUCCGGAAAAUAAAAAGACAUUAACCCUCUACUGCGCGUCUGUAUAGGUAUUAGGUACCUCCUAUACUACAUAUUAUUAUUUAUUCGAAAAAAUAUUAAUACUUGCCUACAUUUUGUAUAAUAAAUUAUUAAAAUAAUAUAAGUCGUGAAAUCUAAUGUUUAUUCGGACUAAAAAACAUAAUAAUUUAUGAAUUUACCCUUUUAUAAUGUUUGUAUAAAUAUUUCGAGUUAAUUAAUAAUCUAUAACGUUACCAUUCAUAAUACGCAUUUAAAGUACACUAGGUAUACAAAAUAGGUUACUGAGAAAAUUAAUUAAAUACAUACAGCAUUCUUUUGUCUGUUUGUUUUCAUAUAAGAUUAUUUUGAUCUUCUUUACUGCAACAACGGACUAAUAAUAAUAUGUAAAAUAAUUAUCUUAUUAUUCGAUGGCACACUGUUAUUUAUCUUUUAUGUAAUUUAUUAUGCCUUAUAAGUUGUAUACACCAUACAUGUAAUAAAAAUUCUAUUUUACUAAUGUAAAAUGUAAGUUUUGUGAGGUUUUACAGAUAAUUAUUGUACAAUACAAAAUAGUAUUUAUAAUAUCGUUUAUUUCGAUAGUUUUAAAUUUUGAGCAUGGCAAGAAAUCAGUCGGUUUUACUGUCAGAAAUAUUGUUCCGGUUUUCAACUGUAACUUAUUUUCUGAAAGCAAAGUGUAUCUAGUCGGUGAAUUAAGAUGGUAAUAUUUUUAUUUUAUCUUUGGUUUUAUUAAUAUUUCCGGAAAACGGUAAAGCUAACGGAAAUAAAAAUUACAUUACUUGCGAUUUUGUUUUUUUUUAUUAUUGUUAUUCAAUGAAAAUUAAUCGUAGUGAUUUAAAAUGCUAAUAGCAGUGGUGGACACAGAGGAGGGGUGAGGGGGUAAAAACCCUCUCCGAAAUAUCUUCUUUCGCUACAUUUUUGAAUGAUCAUGUCAAGUGGUAGUUUAGGACAAGAGGGGUUGACUCCAAAUAGUUCGGAUGAAAGCGAGGGAGAAGAAUAAAAAGAUUAUUUUUAUUUUUAAACUAUUUAUAGGCAUUUGAAAUUUUGAUCGUAAAAAUUAUUACAUUUAAGAACACGUUUAACUGAACUUCACUCAGAAUCGUAUUUCAUUUGCAAUGAUUUAUCAGUGAGUAUAGAUUUAAAUUAUGUAACUCUUUAUAUAUUACCAUCCCAACUUAUUACUUUCAACAGUAGUAAACCCAUCAUCAAGCAUCAGCUCUUUAUUUUAUUCAUAUGGAACAAGCCCGACAAUAUGCAAUUUGUAUUUUAAUAAUAAUAACGUGAUACGAUAAAAUAGAUAAAUAUUCAUUAUAAGAUUGCCCAACUUUAAAUAUUAUAAAUGUGGGUCUGUAAUGACACUUAGCAGUACGCAUAAUACGGAAAAUAUGAAUUUGUGUAGAUUAAUUAGCAGAAGAGUGUGGAAUAAAUAUAAGAGGUGAAGAAAGGUUAUAUCAGAGAUCGAAAUUGUGAUUGUGUAAAGGUAGAAUAUGGAAUUAGGGAUAGGCUUUUUUUCGGGAAAGAUGUGAUUAUAAAUGUGCGGAGUACUUAUGGACAAUAUUGAGUCAGGAGACAAGCCGUAGAAACUACCUCCACACACAUGGUCAAUAGUCAUAUCGCCACUGGAAGAAGAAGGGUCCCAGAGAACAGGGAAUUGUUAAAGAUGCAAAUUAAGAAAGAGUUAAAAGUAUUUACUACAAGCUUCUUCCUCAAUGUAUUUGAAUGGUAAAGGGUAGAAAUUAAGCCAAUUAAGCUGCUUAUUGUUACGUUAUUUUGAAGUUUGAAAGCUAGUCUGUUAUAAUGUAUACUUAUAUUAAUAUCGAACAAAUAAAGGCUUAUACACGUAGAUAGGUGUAUCGGUUUCAAUAAAUAAAAUAAUCAUAAUAAAUUUAAAAACAAACAAAUUGGAACUAUUUGAUAAGUAGUUAUAUUACUUGAUAUAACAUUCAAGUCAUCAUUGCAGUAGAACUUAAAAUAUCGAACUCUGUGAAAUAUGUUGUAUGGGUAUAUAUAGGAUAGUAACUUUUAAAUAGGUGCCUACUAUAAAGAAGAAAAUACGCAAUGGUUUCGAAAUAUGUGUAUCUAAUACAAUAAUAAUAUUAUGAUUUUUAUAUCGAAUUAUGUAUAAACGGUUUGAAGAAAUAGAUUAGUUUAUAGGUUAAACAACAUGCAACUAUAUUAUAAAUGUGAAUUUAACACGAAGUAGGUAUUUCGUAUGAAAUAAAAAUCAAUUUUUGUACUACCCGUCUAUAUAUAUAAUAAACAAUAUGUCUAUAUUAUAAAAGUGUUGUUUUUGUGCGUACUGUUGCCUUCAAACUGUAUCAUGUGUUUAUUUGUUCUGUGGGUCGUGGUUGUUUUCUAAACUUUACUUUUAAUUUCAUAAAUAACCUGGCCUACACUUUUUGUAGAAAAUAUUUGUUUAUUUUUCUUAACUCAUGUAUACUAUGUUGGUACCAUAUUUUAUAAUAGGUACCUCUACUAUAGAUAUGAAAGCCGAUUAUACUGACACGAAAAUGUUAAAAGAAAUAUAGUAAGUUUUAAUUUUCAUAAGUUGUGUAAACUAUUAUGAACUAGGUCGUCGUAAUAAUAAAAAACAAAAAAAAAAAAAAAAAAAUUGUGAACAAUAAUGUUCCGUGUUAGAUACUUGUCUAGUCGUCUCGCUCGAUUAUACUCGAAACAACGGUUCAGGUUGGGUAUGAGUUUUUUUCGUAAUUCAUUUAAAAUUUGUAAUUUUUUAAUUUUUUUUGUAGAAUAAAUACAUUUAACUGACAAGUGAUUUGGAGAACUUUAAGAUAACAACCGACCUGCAGUCAUCAGUGUAUAGAAUCCCUGAGAACUAUGAAUAAAAUAGAAAAACUGAGUUUUGAGAUUUAGAGAGUAGCGAGGUAUCUAUUAGUUUUACUAGGAUAUUUGAUUUUUUUUUUAGAUUCCGAGUAUAUCGAAGAAUGUAUUGGUUCUACAAAUAUGAUUAUUGUUAUUCUUUUUUACAUACUGUGUACACUAAUUCUACCAGAAAUCUCGCUCCCAAGUAUCAAAUAUAGCACCUUUUCCGAAAGGGAUUUUUUCUGGAGUGGUACUUUAAGGAGAUCAUUUUUUGAUUUUUCCAAAGGUUUUCGAAAUAAUUAAGAAAAAAUCGAAAGAAAAUUAUAGGUAAAACGGCAAAUAUUUACAGCGUUACCGAUUUUAGUUUUUAUUUACACAACUUAUAUUUUAUAUCAGAAAUAUUGCUCAAAUCAAAAAAUGACAAGAGACUUUUUAUGUUGAAUUUUUAAUUUAAUUUAUUAGUAAUUUUUUUUUUUAAUUUUUAGUUUUUAUUAUAAUCUAGGAAAACUGGAUAAUUACGAAAAAUGAAAACUGUCUCCAGUAUUAUGUUUUUUUUAAAAAUAUUUUUCAUGUUAAAAGUAUAUUUUAUUUUUCUAUAAUGUUCAUGUUUGCAUACUAGCAUUGUUGAAACUUUCUCUUAUUAGGUACUAUUCAUCUCUAAUUCUUAAUAUACUCGUAUGUAUAAUAUACAACGUAUUUAUUUUAUUUAAAACCGAAUUUAAUAUUAUUCGAAUUAUCGCUUUAGUAUAUGUUACCUAAAAACGGUUAAAUUAUUGAUUUAGAAUUUUCAAUUCAUCUUAAUAAUUAUAAGGGUGAAAAUUUUAAAUAAUACAAUGAUUUUAGCUACAUAAAUUACACAAUUAAUAUUUUCGAACCACCAAAACGUAUAAUUAUUAUUAUCAUAGUCGACGAAAUAACCAUAAUAUUCUUUAUGGCAAGUAUUUAAAUGUAAAUAUUUUGUAUACGACUGACAGCAUUUUUUUUAAUGAUUUACAUUUUCUAAAAGAAAAUAUUGAUUAAAAUAUAUUUCAUCAUGUAAAUGAAAGUGAUCGAAAAUUUAUUUUUCAAAUAAUGAACGAAAUAUUAUAAUCUUUUUGUCAUUUCAUAUAGUUGGUAACUAUAUUAAUAUUAAUACUGUACUAUAUAUACCAUAAUGUACCUAUAUAUAUAUAUACUAUAUAUAUACUCGUAAUUAAAAGACUGAGUAAUUUAAUGAAUACUGUUAAAUAAAACUAAGUUAAGAUAAUUGAUAAAGAGUUAACGAAUUAACACGUUAAAAGUUAAUUUUGUACCGAUUAAGUAAAUUAAGUUAAAAGUUUCUUUAAACAUUUAAUUAAAUUUUUUACUUGAGUUCUGUUAAUAUUUCGUAUUGAUGGUUAUCAAUGUUAAAUACUGAAAUACGAGACAAUUUUGAGAAUAUUAAAUUUAAAUUAUAAAUUCAUUGAGUGACUAAGUAAAAAAAAAAUAUAUAAUUUUUACCAUGGUGACCAUUCAAAUGUGUGGAUUUAAGAUUGUAAAUAAAAAAAAAAAAAUGAAAUUUAAUUACGUGAUGUAAUUCAAGUCUAACUAGUUACGUUAAUGUAAAUUUAAAAAAAAUCGAGUUGAAAGUUUAGUCAUUAAAAAUAUCAAAUGUUAAAAUCUAAAUUAAAAAUUAAAAUUGACUCAUGAUUUAAUUAUUAACUGGUUAAUAUCCAGCUUUCAAUAUUAUAUUUAUUUGUAUUCCAUUUGUCACACUUUUAAUUUCGUUUUUGUACGUUCUAUGUAUGUAUAGCUUUUUGUUUAAAGACCUUCCUUUUUUAAAUUUUGUUACAUUUAUUUUGCCUUGUAUUAAAAUAACUGCUCUUUUUAUAGGUGUGCAUGCAUUCACGGUUUGCCUACAAAGUUCGAAAAUUUAUUUAAACAAAUAAUACUUUUUUAUUAUUAUUUAUAUAAUCCAAUUGCAAUAUUUUUCACAUGUUUACAACUAAGUAUCAAAGAUAAGCCUCCGAUCGUUACAUGAGACUAGAAUUGUGUUACUCGAUAUUUCGAUUAAAAACGUAUUGAUUUCGGGUAAACGUACUUUAUUCUUUAUUUCGUUAAGUUUAUGUUAAAAAUAAAUGCCGAAAUUAUUGAAAAUUUGAAGUGAGUGCAAAGAUGGAUAAACAGUAAAUACGUUUGAAACCAUAAUGUUGUGUAUAGUAAUUAUUAUGGAUAUUUCUCGUGCAAAUCGCAUUAUAUUGAUCUAAUAAUAUUAUUAGCUUUUAUCAUUACGCUAGUGUACACAAUUUUGACUUCUUUAACAUGCUUAUUUUGUAUUUACUCUCGUUACAUAAUAAUUAAUUAUUCUAAGUGGGACGAGCCGUACACGAUAAUUAAUAUUUAUUCGGUUGCAUAUAAUUUUUAGGGCGCGGGUAAAAAGCAUACCAAUAACGUUUCAUAUACCUUUACGCUACUUAUAUAGUUAAGUUUUAAAUAGGUAAUUGAACACAGACUGACAUUAUUUUUGCAAUUUCUUUGUUUUAUGGCCGGAAACCGGGGAAAACCUUGAAGGUACAGCGAGAAAAACAAUAAUCAGCGAGUGAUGUUUAGCGCUUAGAUUCAAUUUUGAGCGUAAUUCGGAAUGGAGAUUAUUACGAUAAUGGUCACGUUCAAGUUGCGAAAAAAAAUAAAAAAAAAAAUAAUAAUAAUAAAAGUAAUAAACUAUUCUGUCUUGUGUUGUGUAGUGAGUCAAGUGUGAUAAAUGUCCAGCAAUGUUAACCGUUCAGUAAAUUCAGUCUUUGUUUCUUAGAACAUUUUUAAAUGUAUUUGCUGGAAAAAUACUUAUUAGUUGUAUAGUAAUUUGACUAAUUUUAGUUUUCGAAUAAUUAUUUUAUUGAAUUUUUAAAUUUAAAUUUAUUUUCUUUCAAAACUAAAUAUUGAGAGUUAUAUCGUUAUAAAAAUUUGUAUUAAAAAUGAUCAUAUUGAAAAGAACUAAUAUUUUUUCUUUUUUCCUUCACCUUCCUACCAGCUAUUUGGGAUCGGCCAUCCUCGUUCUAAACUUUCACUUAGACCAAUCGUCCCGAUUUCUCACAUUACAUACAUCGCCUAUUCAGUGUUCUUGAGUGUCUCAAUCGUAUCCAACCACCUUUUUUUCAGUCUUCCUAUCGCAAUAAUGCUUCUGAUUCCUCUCUCUUCAUUUUAUGUCCAAACUAUAUCAGUCUUUUUUUUCUCUUAUUUUCUAUUUAUCAUCUAACUAAGCUACUCUUAUGCUGCCUUUUAUGUACUGGUCCCUUAUCAUACCUUCCCUUAUCACUUCACUUACCCAUCUAAGCAUUAUCAUCUCUGAUAUUUUCAUUCUCUAUUCUAUUUUUCUGUGUACCACCCAACACUCCGAACAAUAUAACAUGGUCCAUCUCUCCACACUCUUGUCGAACUUACCAUUAAAUCUCAUUGGAACUCUUAUCACAUAAAUUACCUGAUGAUUCUCUCCACUUUAUCCAACCACAUUUAAUUUUAUGUUACAAAUCCUCUUCUAAUUUUGUAUUCCCACAUACAUCCAAAAUGGGACAAUUUGUCUUGUGUAGGAUUUCUCAAACUAUUUGACAAAAUGUUUACACAGGUGGUCGAUUUGAAGCAAUCCUAUCUAUUGUCUCCUACAGGAAUAAUUUACGAGAUCCAAUACGUUUGAAUUUGUGACGUUUUUCAAAUGUGUAAAUUAGGCUUUUAAACGUAUCCUACAGUCAUGUUCGUAAAUUUGUUUUGAAAGUAUAUUUUGAAAAUAGAUUCCAGAAAAUUCAACGAAGUUUAUUAUAUUAAGAGGUGCUAUUGCUCAUUUCGGCAGAUUGCAUUGGCUUGUUACUCAUUGUACGUAAGUGAAAUUAAUUGAAAGUUUCGGUUUGGAUGUUUGUAUCACGGUUAAGUUGGAAGUUUAGUGGAAAUUCAAAGCAUUUGUAUAUACACAUUGUAACCGUCGAAAACGUUUUACCUAAUUUCAAGGGGAGAAAGGAGUGGAGUGGUGUUCCGAGAAUGGUCAGUUAAAGUGUUCCGUUUCGCGUGCUUGCCGGUUCGCUAGCGGUGUAUUUAUAUAGGUAUUAGGUAACCAUCAGUAACCACGUCAAAAAGAAAAAAGAAAAAAAAAUCGCGUAGCCAUUAAUUUUACGCGAACCGGCUGUAUAAACGUACCUACAUAAUAAACGGUUUCGGGUCGGUAAUUACGUGCUUACAAUUAUCCGAGGAUUAUUCCUCAUUACCGCCGUCUCGAGCACUUAAUUUUGAUUUUUCCUAUAACAAAUAUACCUCUUCCUACUCAGUAUAAUAUAAUACCGCCUUUUUGUCCGCGUAAUGGUUUUUGUAUUGCAAUCUAUUUAUAUAUAUAUAUGUAUAUACAUAAUAUAAUAUAAGAGGGUUGUUAGGCGUUGUUUUCUUUAUAAAUCGCCCAUAAACAUGAUACAGGCCAUAAAUAUAAAUAUCGAUAUCACGCCGGGGUAUCUAUGUGUGUUCGGAAACGCCGUAGUCCACGUUGUGAAAAAUUACUGCCUAUUAGAGUACUCUUCUGAUCGCACGAAAUAUAUUAUAUUUACCGUAUCAAUCUCACUAUUAAAACUAAGAAAAUAAAAAAAAAAAAAAAACCGUAGCUAUACAUACGUCAGAUUAAAAUGUGUAGGCGCUUACUUAUAGUGCGUAACAGCACUAGUAAAAUAUUGAUAAUAUGCAAAUUAUAUUAAAAUACAAAUUCAAAAUAUUGUCGAAUCUCGGCGCGUUCUACGAUUACUGAAUUAUUAAAAAAAUGUAAAUCCACUCAUUAUAAAUAAUAGUAAACCUAAAAAUACGCUUUUUGUAUUUUUGUGUAAUAAAAUAUUCUUUAUGUUUUUAAUAUAUUAUGUAACUAUACAGUGUACGUAGGUACAUAGUAGAUCGAAAAAAAAGCGAUGAUUUUACAUAAAAAAAAAUUAUCUCGUACUUCAUUUAUUCUUCUAUUUUUUUAUUUUGUUUAUCAGUAGGCUGAAAAAUCUAAUAGUUUUAACUUUUAAAAAAUAAGAUUGCGCAUUUUAUAAGGCAUGUGCUUAACAUGCGGUUUUAUACGUACGUUUUAAAUAUGCUCGAAAUCGGCAUCGUUUUAGAUUAUGAUGAUAUGUAUAUUUGAAAAUGUUUUCGUUUAUAUUCUUCAACGCGUUUGAAAAUCGAGAAAAAUCCGAACAAACGACGAAACUGUUUCAAUUUUAAUUUCCCUCAUAUUUCAAUACAAACAACAAUAUUGUCGAAAUAUUAUGUUAUGUGGGAGUAUUGUUUUUUUUUUUUUUUUUUAACAAUAAAUCAGUUAUUAUUUAGAAUUAUGAUUAGUUAAAAUAAUUCAACAGCUUCUUUCUGUCUUCUCUGGUUUUUAGACCUCUGAUAAGGACUACCCUAUUUAAAACAAAUUCUUUAUCCUUUUCUAUCCGUUGAUUUGUCGUUCCAGUUUGAAACUCUAACGAGUAAUUUAGUAGUCCCACUAUAUUCGGUAGAAGAAAAAAUGUUUCUUAUGUUGAUCUCCUUCUCUGUUCAGGUAUAAAAUUGACGUCACUCCUGAAUGUAAUGAUUCAUAAAGUUCAUAAUCGUUUUUAGAAAGUGAAAUGAUUGAUUGUUGUUAACAUAUUUUUUUUAAAUUCAAUAUUUUCCCGAUAGUUAAUCACUAAGAUUUUAUAUCCACAGAAAAGACUAUCUCGGAAAAUUGCAUAAUCCCGAUUAAGAUUUAUUUAAAAUUAAAAAAGGACAUUUUUAUAAAAAAAAAUCUACACCUACAAACCAAAUUCACUUAAGUCUAUAUAAAUACAUAAAUAUCAGUUAUUUUUUUUUCAUUAAUCGAAAUAUGUCAAAAAUGGGAUUUUAAUAUUAUGUACAAUCUAUAAUUAACUUUGCGGAAAAUGACAACUUUUCCCGACUGUUUGGAAUUUUAGGUCCUUUUAUUCUCCUUAUUCCUCGUAUCAUUUUUAACUGCUCGCCUAACCGUCUACCGUUCGGUCUUUCUCUGCCUACUUUCUGUUUGCACUAAUUUCCAUAACCAUGCUCAUGCAACCUCUGACUCGUUUCUACCCAUCACACGUCCUAUUCACAGUAUUAUAGUAUUAUCAUACUAUUGUUAUAAAUUAAUGUAAAGAAAUGCCCUUUCGCGAUAACAGUAGAAUAUGAAUUAUAACAAUAAUAAUUAAACGUCGAUUUAAGCAACGUUAAUUGUUCCCCGGGUACACAUUGUUUAAAUAGGAUUCGCUAAUAACACCGAGAAGAACAAGUGUUUUUACGUUUUUCGGUCGAGAUUUAAAAGGCUGCGAGUUUAAAAUCGUGGUAUAGAAUCCCAGGUGAAUCGACGGGACGAACGCGAAAAUCCUUCGGAAGCGCUAAUGCCGAAUAAAUAAACCUUAUCUUGAUACUUGUUUCGGAAAUCGUUUUCGUGAUAAAAAUCUGUAAAAUAUAGUAUAUAGAGUACUUGUGUAUAGACUUUUAGGACAGGUGAUAAAAUAUAAUAUUCUCAAAUUCAAAGUCUGUGAAUUAAUUAAGAUUUUUAAUAAUCUUUGUUUUUUGUUUUUUCGAAGUACAACCUACGUAUAUUCACCGAUUUAAUUAUUAAUGUAUACCUAGUCAAUGGAUAUUUUGUUUGAUGAAAUUAAUAUUAUUUUUGUUUUCUCGCAAUAUUAACGUUAUUGUAAAUAAACAAUAUUCUUCUUCUUGUUAAGUUUUGUAAGUUCAAAAGCCUUAAACUUCAUUGAAAGUUCUACAUAACAUUUUAAAUCGAUUAGAUUCUAUUCGAUAUUCGUGCAAAAUAAACAAAGUAAAUUAUAUACGUGUAGUAUAUCAUAUUAUAUUGUGUAUUAUUAUUUUGGAAUACGUAAAUCAAUUUCAUAAAUAUAUAUAUGUAUGUAUAACAUUUUCAUUUGAAUAAAAAUAAAUACAAAAUUGCAAAUUUUAAUUAGUUAUAAACAACAAUUUAAAACGUCACAAUAUUUCGAAAAUUAUACUUCGUUUAGCAUUUAAUAUAAGUAUUCAGUGGAGAUCUCAAGUUUCCAUAAUUAUUUUCUCCAAAUCACAGCAACAAAACAAAAUAGAUUUUUACAAAAACCAUCUUUAAAAUUAAUGAUAGUAGCAAGUCUACUAGCGGAAAUAGUUGUUACCAGGCAGAAAAUAAAAAUCACACGUCGUAGUAAAACUAAUAUAAAUUCUUCAGUUCGCUCAGAGUCAAAAAACUAUACGUUUUGAGUAAAAAUGCGUGUAGGUACUAAUGUGUGACGAUGCUUGCAAAAUUUAUUUCGGGCAUCGUUUUUUUGAAAAAAAGUACCUAAGCAUGUAAAAAAAAAAAAACACUGGUGACUAUAAGAAUGUAUUACAAUGUGUGAUUACGAAUAUUUAAUUUUAAAAAAAUUAUAUAGAAUUGUAUGCUUUAUUAAAAUUGGUUAAAAUCAUUUGUAUAAUGCUCGGGGUGUAGGUAAUCUCGUUAAGUAAUUUUUUUUUAAAUUCAAAACGAACUAUUAAUUUUAAAUUUAUCACUCGCAAGUUUCGCGGGUAAUACGUUUUCUGUACUAAGCAAAUUAUGUAAUGGCCUUUGGGAAGUUUGCAAUCCAAGCGCAUAACAAAUGUUGAUUAUUUAGUUGAAAUCCAUUUACCGUAGGUACCUAUGUUGGUGGGUAGGUAUAUAGUUAUAGUGUAAGGGUACACACAUACACAUGCAUACACGCACGAUAUCACAAUAUUUAACCAGGGCGCUCUCUCUGUGUAAACACAUUUUUCCUUUAAAAAUAAUUUUACAUUCAAAUUUGUUUUCACCUUCUAGAAUAUUACCGAGAUAUUAAUUUAAAUUAAUUUCAGCGGGAAACGAUUAUAGCGGUAGGUGUAUAGUUUCUGCAUUACCUGAUAUUAUGUAUUAUGGCAAUCAUGUCUAAAUAAUAUAUUCACGAAAAUUAAAACUCAUUAGAUUUAUAUAGUAUUAUCCCCCCCAUCCCUCCCCCCAUUACUAAUUAAACAUUAAAUGAUCCUGUCGGGGAAAACUGUAAAUCUUAGAAAAAAACUUUCCCGGUUAUCAUUUAUUAAUCACUAUUGAUUGUUACGAGUUGUAUUCAAUAAUUUUUAUUUAUAUUGUUAUUGUAUAUUAUUAUUUUUUAGUUCAAUGAAACUUUAUCAAUUUUACGUACAAUGUGUGAAUUAAUAUCGUUUCUCGAUCCAUGCAUAAUAUGUAUACACUAUAGACGUAUUAAACAGAACCGAUAUAAAUCAUGAGUUUAAUAAAAACACAUUUAAACGUUCUAAUUAGAUUUGUUUUUGUUAUGUUUUUAAAUGCAUUUUUUUUAAACAUUAUUUUAAUUUUAAUUGAUUAAAAAUCGACCGUGUUUUAAUACUCUCCGCGGUCAUCUCGAUAAUAAUUAAUAUUAGUUUUAAUGAUUAUCUACUAUAAAAUAUCCAAUGUCAUAAUCGUACUUAAUGAAAUAAGGGACUUUUUAAAGUAGACGCUUAUUUUAGAUUCUCAGCGUAGCCGAGAAUUGAUGGUUUUACUAUGAUGUGUAUGUUUUUUUAUUGUAUAUCUGUGCGCAAUUUUUCUACCAGGAAGCUUAUUCCGAUAUAUACGAUGUAGCACUUUUUCUGAAAGAAAAUUGGACUGGGGAGAUACUUUAAGGAGGUCAUUUUCCGAUUUUCUCAAGAGUUUUCCCAGCAAACGUUAAAAAUCGGGAAAAACACGGGAGAACCGGGGAAAACGUGGGAAAAACGGUAAAAUCGGUAAAACAUUAAACAAAUAUUAUAUAAUGCUUAUUUAGUUAUUUUACUAUAAUAUAAUAUUUAUAAUGUAUAUUGCUGACAUAUCAUCAAUUGAACUCCUCUCAGAAUCGUUUGUUCGUUAGCAAUGGUUUAUCGUUGCUUACAAGUAUACAUUUAAUUAUCUAUGACAGUGACUGUAUCCGUAUUCAUUAUCCUUGGACAGUUUUGUUGAUUUUCAUUCCAGUUUUCUGAAUAAUUCCGGUAGAAUGUUCACUACAACGGUUUUUGAAACCAUUCAAUACCUACCUAACAAUUUUAGUGCUAUGAGUAUUAAAAAAAAAAUUCGUUCAUUUAAAUAACUUAUUUUAAAAUGUUAUCGCGCAGUUCGAAAGUUUUAAUUAUGUUAAAUACUUUUUCUCCAAUAAACUUUUAUAACUGUAAAUAAAGAUUUGGCAUCAAUUCGGAAAACCUAAAACAAUGUUUCAAAUGUUUUUUUUUUUUUAUAUUUUGGGAUGUUGAGUUUUUAUAUACUUGCUUGUGCUAUAUAUUUCUUCAGUGGUAACUCUUAUGGGACCAGAUUAGUUCGAGAAGGCUAUUAGUUUUACAAUAACAUAUUUUUUCUGUUGACUUUUUUCAAGACGUAAACAUCUUAAAAAAGUUUCAUACAGUAACUACAUAAUAUUAUAGGUAAUUGAAUACAGAUGUUACUGUUAGGAAAGUCUUGCUUUAUGAAUUCCCUCAGUUCGAUCUCCUUAAAGAUUCAAACAACCGAAAAAUACUGCAAGAAAAAAUUGUAAAAUAAAAAUACGGUUUUCGAACGUAGUAAUGAUCGCGUUUUAAUUAAAAAAAUAAUGUGAUGCAUUAUUUAUAAUUAUGCAUAUAUCUGAGUAUACACGAGUAUAGUGAAAAGCUUCGCGAAAAAUUUUGUAUACAGUAAUAUAUUGCUAGUCAUUUCUAUACCUAUAAAAUAUUGAACUCUUCGUUAAUUAUUAUACAAGUUCUAUAAUAUGUUAUAACGUUAUAUUAAUAACUAUAUUGUGUUAUACCAUUUUGAGAGUGGAAUUUCGGAGUAUCCAUACUACCUCUGUUCUCGAUACCGUAACAUACAAUUCGGAAAAUCCUGUACUAUUAAUUGUUUAAUUUGACUUAUACAAAGAUCUCCUAGUUUCAAGUCAAUAUAACUUUUGAAAUACUCAAACAUCUCCAGGAAGACCAUAAUUUUCCUUAAUCAAAUCUACAAUAUUAUGAUCAGCUUAUCACACUUAUCCAUAUUAUGAAAAUACUCCAUUAGUAUUGUUCUAUUAAAACUACAAAAGCCACCUGACUGUCUCUCUUCACAUAGAUCGAUUAGUCUUCUCCCUACUCUCUCCAAGCUAUUAAAAAACUUCUUUUAAAACGCCUACUAGCGAUCGUCAACGGCAAUAACACUCUUCCCGAUUCCCAAUUUGGCCUUCACAAUAACGAUUCUACGGUACAUCAGAUUCAUCACACGAUUGACAAAAUCUCAUUCGCCUUUAAAGAGAAACUAUGUAGUUACGUUGCUUUCCUUGGCGUUUCCCAAGCGUUCGUUAUAGUAUAGCAAGCAGGUCUAUUAUCCAAACUUAAACUGUUCUUUCCUAGCAAUUACUGUUUACCCCUCACGUUGUACCUUGAAGAUCGCUUCUUCUCUGUACGCGUAGGCUCAAUCAUCAUUCCUCCUACCGAAAUAAACGCAGGCGUUAAACACGGUACCAUUAUUGCUCUUCUACUUUUCAGUCUGUUUAUCUCGGAGCAAUCUACCUUGAAUCACACAGUUGUCUGUAAAUUUACUGAUGAAAAAUCUAUUUAAAUUAACAACUAAGAUCCAGAUCUAGCUUCGUCUCAACUACAAGACCAUGUUGACCAUUUGUAAAUUUGGUAUAAACUAUAGGAUUUAAAAAUUAAUGAAUUUAAAUUUAUUCACUGCAUUUUUUCUAUUCGUAAGGAUAUGUCCAUUAUUCUUCCCCAAAAACAACUUCUCCAUUUUGUUAAACAGUGCACUAUCUUUGUGUCCUCAUUGACUGCUGGCUCACUUGGCUGCCACACAUAGUCAACAAAACCUGUAUACUCAACGCUCAACUCUGACUUUUUCGCCUAUUACUUACACCAAGUCGUAUUAAACUUCCUGUAAAACUCCUACUCUAUAAACCACUUUUAAGACCUAUAUAGACCUAUGGCUCUUCCAGGUACUGCCAAAAUUUCUAACACUAAUUGUAUCCAAAGAUUUCAAUGAAAAAUACUAUUGUUCUUCUCUCAAGUUCCUUUUUAUAUAUCCGACCACACCCUGCAUUCUGACCACAAUAUACCUUAAUGACUUAAUAACCGAUGUAACUAAUCUCCAUUGUAAACGUUUUUUAUAAUCACCUUGCUUACCAUCAAAAUCUCCUAAUCUCCAAACUUUUUUCUCUAACUAUUCCUGGCAACCCUGCUAAAAAACUUAAACGGCAGUGGUGUCGUGACUUGCUCAUCUAAUUAUUUUAUUCAUAUCGUAAUACCUCCAAUGAAGGUCUCUAAAAUUAGUAAUUUCUGUCGCUUUUAUAUUGUUUCGAUGCAGAUUGAAUUGAAAAAUGCAGAAAAAAAAAAUUGUCGAUAAAUUUAUAUGCUGAGCUUACACCUGCGUAUUUCAGACAGUUUAUAUUGCUAAUAUUAAGCUCGGUAAAAAUGUUUUACGAUCGACAUAAUUAACCAAAUUUCUUAGUUGUUUUAGAAAGUGUACAUAUAGUUGUAGUUGAAACAGAAAGAAUUAUAAUAAUUGUAUACAUUGCACAAUUUUACUGCAUACACUACAUUCCAUGUUCCUCUAAACUCUAAAAACAUAAUUAAAAAAACGGGCAUACUUCACAUAAAAGUGGGCCACUGUUUUAUGUGAGAACUGAGAAGUUAGGAAGGUAGAGAGGAAAUUUAAUGUAUAUCUGUACGUAACGAUUAACCAUUACUAACGAAAAAUGAUUUUGAGCAGAGUUUGGUUAGUGUUGCUUUGUGAACAUUAUAUGUAUAUUUUACAUUAUGGUAAAAUAAUUACCUAUGCAUUAUAUAUUUUCUUUAAUAGUAUUUAUUUCUAUUGUAUCUAUUUUUCCGUUUUUUUUACAGGCUUUACCAUGUUUUUCCUAUUUAUUGGCAAAACUCAUGGGGAAAUCAAAAAAAUUACUUUCUUAAAGUUCCAUUUUAGAAAAAUUUCCUUUCUGAAAAGGUGUUAUAUUUGAUACUUCGGAGCAAGAUUUAAAAGAUAAAAAAGAAAAAGAAAAAUUCCAAAUAAAUAUUUGACAUCUUUCUAAAACCAAUAAAUUCUUCGAUACAAUUAGAAUAUAAAAUGUUUAAUAUUUAAUAACCCCCAUUCUCCAAAAAAAACAGUUCACCCCAAAUUUAGUUAGUAAAUGCUUACUUUUGAAUUAUUAUUAUGUACUUAAAAAUAUUUAAUUAUAAAUUAUAAUAAUUUUUUAAUAAAUAUUACCUCGGCCCCAUACUUUCUUACAUGAGAAUUACAACGCGUCUAUUGCAGUAUAACUUAAUUUUAAUUUUUUGGUUAAAAUGUAAUCAAAACGAACAUCCUGGAGGAACAAAAUAUUAAAUAGUUAUACUUUGUCGAGAAUUUUGUAUACUGUGUUAUAUGAACUGCUACAUUGCUGCCAACACCUUAACUUAGAUAAUGUAAUACUGUAACGUGCAUACUGUAUUAUUGACUGUGGAAUUUUGAACUCGCUAUGGUACUUACGAGACAUUUUUUAUUUGUUUAUUAAAUUGGGAAAUAGCAGGAUUUUUUUAGAUUCUUAGUGAAACUAUUACCUUGCUUAGGACUACUUUUUUGGUUAGUAAAGUUGCUGAUAUAUUUUCAUGUCCUACUUUGAAAAAUGGAAAUUUCUGAAUUUAAUACAUUUUUCGAUAUUCUUAAUCGUUUUUCCAAAAUUUCUUUUUUAUUUAUUUAUUUGUUUAAAACACUAUUUUGGUAAAGAAGUCCACACAGUGGCCAGGAGAGCUGAAGUGUGCAAGAAGGUUAAAAUUGAUUUCUAUAGUUUAUGAAAGUCGUUGGAUUAGUGUUAAAUUGUAAUUGAUUGAUAUGAUUUUAAAAUAGUAUCUUUAUUUUGUUAGUUUAUCUUAUCGUUUAUGGGUAAAACAUUAUUAAUAUUAAAUAUUUUAGUAGGUAUGCACAAGAGAGCUAUAUUAUUUUUUUUAUUCUAAUUGAGGACCCUAGUGAAACCACUUCUGUGUGAAAAAUGAUCAUCUCCCAAGGAAAAAUCCUGGUUACAUUAUUGCUUUCACUGACAAUAAGGCAUCAGUAAAAUAUGAAAAUUGACGUCCGUAUGGUCAAUUUUAAUACUUUUUGACCGUUUGUUCCAGUCCCAAAAGUUUUUUAAUUAUCAAUCCUUAGUGUAUUUUAUUUUGUUUAACAAGUCCCUGGUGGAUCAUUAUAACAUUAAUCUGCUAUUGAACCGUAGUUUUCUAAACUAUAAAACCAACAGCGUUCAUUUUCAAUUUUUUCUCCAACUCGAAAAUUGCCUACAUAUAGUGUUAAGUAUAUUUUUUUAAAUAUUAAAAUCAACAAUAAUUUAUCAUUGGGUUUAUUGGCGACAUUAAUAAUUGUGAAAAUAAUUUAGUUCGUCUUUUCUUUCGCCUUAAUACCGAAUAUUUGUGGAUAAAAAUAAUUUAGAAUUUAAAACUAUUGCAAUUUUAAUUUUAGAUUGCGAGCCGAGCGAGGGAGUUAUUGGUUUUACAAUGCUGUUUAUUUUUUUAUCUUCUAGAACAUAUUUUUUCUUAGUUAACUUGUUCCAAUUUUUACGUGUUGCAACUUUUCUGAAAGCUUAAGUUGUCUAGAUUGUACUUGAAGCCAUUUUUCAUUUUCGAUUCCAUUUUUUAAUUAAAAGAACUUAAGUGGGAAUGAACAUAGGAAAACGUACAAUUUCACGAUUUCAUUAUUUUAUAAACACACGGAUGAUAUUUUCUACUAGAAAAAAUUGUUUAAUCGAAAAAUCUUAGGUAUCUUUUUUGUUGCAUUUUUGAUUUACUUUCUUACGGUAUCAUUGCAACAAUUUUAGAGUCACUUUUGAGCUUUUAAGGCAUUUUUAGGCGUUUUUUUUUUUUUUGCUGUAAUUCGGUUAUAAAUAAACGUAGAGACUUGAAAAUGUGUAAUAAUACUUAUAUUGGACUUACCUAGACGUGGUAAAGUUUCCAAAAUCAUCGGACGACUUUUUUUAAAUUUUAAUUAGAGUUUUAAAAUUAAAUUCAAACGAAAAUUGCAAAAAAAAAAAAAAACUAUGGCACUUUAAAUUUUGUAUUACCAAACUGCACUUGGAAUCGUCUUUCGUCAGCAAUGGCUUAUCGUUGCUUACAGAUAUAAAUUAAAUAAUCGUAUGUAUCCUACCUUUCUAAUUUCUCGCUUAGAACUGUGGUUACAUCGAUCCCCAGUAUCAGCUCUUUUUUAAAAUUAAUGCCUUUCGGGAAAAUAUAACAUUUUUGACCUAGAUUUUUAUAUUAAAAACUGUACUUAUAUUGUUAUCGAUUUCAAUAAAGUUUUAGACAACAAUAAUAACAAAGUACCUACCAAUAUUAUAUAGGUACAUAUAUAGAGAGGUUAUUCUAAGCGAAGGAGCAAAGUAAUACAAAUAAAAGUUAUAUAAUAAUUGCGUUAUAAAAUAUUUUCGUUAUACUUGUAUACAAACGUUUAAAUGUUUUUCAACAUUUAUUGAUAUUACAUUAGUAUACCAAGUGCUAAUGUGCGUCGUUUUUAAAUGAUUUUUAAAAUUGAAUAUCUUAACAUCGCAAAAUCAAAUAAUUUUAAACAUAAUUCUAUAUAAAAUUAAAAUCGAAGUUAUCAGAAAAUAUCGGGAGAAAUAAAAAUAAAAUUACCGAGCUUACAUCCCGUAUAGAAACUUCUUGCCGUGCAUUUAUGUUUUAUUUAUUCGCAUACAUUUGUGAAUUCUUUAGAAAUCUUUUCUAUUUUUUUUCAAAUAGUCUCAACAUUAUAUGACGCGCCUCUCAGUUUUUUUUUUUUUAAUUAUAAAUUUUACUCAAUUCGUUUCAUUCUGUACAUAGACCAUCAUACACAAUAUUAUAUAACUUUAAUGAUAGUUUCACUAAUAACACACACCAGAUUGACUAUUAUGUUAGGUCAGUUCUGGUGACAUUAAAAAUCCAAGACCUUAUCCUGUUCUCGUCUUUUAUUUGCAGUGUAGUCGCAGGUUUGUAUAAUAUAUUUACGUGACUAGGAUUCGUUUUCGAAAACGAAAAGAAAUAUAUUAUACGCCAGAGGAAAAUUCUUUACUGAACUUCAAUGACAUCCUGUGACUUUGUAAUACAGUUUGUAGAACCAAUCUAACGACUCGUCGAUUUUGCGAAAUACUAUAAUAAUAAUAUAAUAUAAUAUAAUCACCAUGCCCAUAGGCAUCAUUAAGGGCAUCCAUAUUUGAAAAUCCAGGGGGCUCUGUAUUUUUCAAUAAUAUUUACCUUAUUUUAAACCUAUUAACUACUAAAUUAUGUAAGUUUACGUAGCAUAAUAUUAUACGACUGUGUACCUAUUUCCUAUUUAUCAUGACUAUAUUAAAUAAAUAUAUAAAAGAUAAAUGUAUAAACUCAUACAUGUAUAACAGAUACGGGAAAUCCAGGGAGCGGGACAUAUCUCAUCUGCCCCCAAUGGACGCCCAUGGGCAUCAUUUGAAGUAAAAUCAUGGGUUAGCAAGCAUCUUGAAUCAUUUCUAAUACAGUUGUGGUCGAAUGAAGUAUCUCUCGGUUAAUUAGUCAGUGGAUCAUAAAUCGGUGACAUGGGUAUAUUUACAGGGUUGUAUGGGGGAAGAUUUCCCCAUGACCUUUUUUUUUUUUAGCAACAAAUAUCGGAUAUUAAAGUAUUGUUACCGAUAUUGUUAUCUCAAAAAUCGUCAUUUUCAUUCAUUUUUUGUUCUAUACAACGAAAGGCAUAUUACUAUAACGUACAUGCGGUCUUGGCACUCCGUGUAAAAUAGCUAAUAUCUUUGACAUAUUUCGAGACAAUGUUGACUAUGUUUAUUGUAAUUUAUUUAAAAUUAUAAGAAUAAAAUAAUUAUUACAAUAGGUAUUAUUUUGUAUAAUCAUUUCAUACAUUUUCUUAUAAGUAAUAAUUUAAAAUUAUACCGUUUGAAUUAUAUUUAUAUUACUAUGCAUAAUAUUCCUAAUAGAUAAUACUAACAGUUAAACCGUAUAUGGAAAAAAAAAAUCCCCACACUAGGAAAAUAAAUCAGUAGCAUUAUAAUGAGGAUUGACGGGGGUAUAAAUAAAAUAAAAUAAUUAAAUAUUUAAUACAAUUAAUUUUAUGUUAAAAUUUUAAUAAUUUGGUAUAAUAUUUGAUAGUAACAAUAUACUGAAAAACUAAGAUGCUCAUUGUGGUCUUAAGACCACAAUGAGCACAGUAAGGGGUAAAAUAAUAGAUAUUAUGUGCUUUAUUUUUCUUAAUUUUAUAAAAUUUAUAGAAUCGUCUUUAUGGAUUAACAUUACUAGCAUUUCAUAAAGAAAUAAAUGAUCAUCCUGAUGAAGUCCUUAAUACAAUGACACAAAUAUCAAGAAAAAUAUAGAUCUUAUUUUAAAAUAAAUGUAUAUCUAGUUGAAAAAUAUGUAGUAUUGUAAUUGAAAUUUCAUAUAUUAAAUAUAUUAAUAAUUGUAUAGUUAUUCAAAUUCAAUCAUGGCUGAUAGUAUAGUUAUUACAUUAGUAUGAUAAUACUGUGAAAAAAGCAAAAAAUUUAGACUUUUUAAAAAUUACUCACGGGGUAGCGUAAUUAUGAAUUUGCAACUCCGAUAAAAAAAAAUGCGGUAGUAGUUACUUCACGCAUACGAUAUAAAUAUAAUACCUACCUAUUAUUGUUUUUGAUAUUGUUUAUUUAUUUUAUUUUAUUUAUGCAUUUUUUCCUACGCCGUUCAAACUUUUUAUUGAAAACAUGCUCUGCCCAUAGCACUUUUUUCAAUAAUAUCUAUAAUAAAAUAUAAUUUUACAUAUUUUAAUUUUUUUUUUUUAACAUUAAUUUAUCAUUACCUAUUAUAAAUUACAUUUCAUACAUUUCAUGGACACCACGAGUACCUAUAUAUUUUAACAAUAAUAACUUCGUCGACGAAUUAAUAGUCGAACUUGCGUAACAUCACGUUAAUAUUUUAACGGACGAAAAAACUCUGGAGCAUCUAAUGGCAUUUUUCAUUUAUACGUUUAAUUUAUCCGAAUUUUCAAAUAUCCAAUUCUUAUGGUCCGUCUGGGAUUUGUAGGUGAGCAUUCACGGAUAUACAUUGUAUAAUAAAUACUAAUAUGAUACGGACGAGUACGGAAAAAGACACAUGAGCCCCUCGAGAAAACAUCAGACGUAGAAUUAACAACAAAACGUGAAACUUAAGUGAAUAUCACGUGCCAUAUACAAGUAUAGCAGAAACCCUGAAACACGCGCAAAACACACGACGACGGUGGUAGAUAUGCAAAAAGCGUAUGCAAGAGGGAGACAGAGACAUAGAGACGAAGAGCCGGGAGAAGUCUAAUGAUUUUUCAUUCUUUUGCUAAUAAAAUAUUAAACGCGCCCUUCUUAUUUUUUUUUUUUUUGUCCCCUUCAUAUGAACGAGGGAGGGGAAAUCUGCGAGCGGGAAAAUCGUCCGCUUUUCUACAUACAAUUCGUAUAUUUACAAAGUGUAUUCCGGAAUUUCAACGCCAAGCCUUCACCCUCCUCCUCCCACAUAAUGAUAGUAAAAAUUAAAAACAAUAAUGUAAAAAAUAUAGGGGGCUUCUCUUCUUGUACGGCGAAUUAAGCCAAUCUGUACACGACCGCCCAACUGUUACCGCUUUCCCGAUUGUUACUGUUAUUAUUAUACGCGUCGUCGUCGUGAAGUCUGCGGUGCUUUAGUAACAUAAUAAAAUUUACAUACGCACAGUUAUAAUAACGCCGAUAUAUAGGACGUCUACCUAGCUGCACUUAUAUACACGUAUAUAUAUAUAUAUAAGUAUAGAGGGACGUCGGACCCUCUCGAGUAUAGUCGACGACCCCUUCUUAUAUAAAUUUAGUAUUUUUGUUGGAGGGAACAAUAUGCAUGCAUAAAAAACGAGAAAAAAACCGCCUACUCGUACGUUUUAUUCGCGCGCCUGCAAACACGCCUUUAUCGUCUGAAUAUAAUAAAAGUGUAUAGGACUUUUUUUCAUUUUUUUUUUUUUUUUAUUUUUAUUUUACAUAGCUAUAGGUAUACCGCGACUUCAUGUACUCGAAUAUUUAUGUAUUAUGAAGUGCCUAACGAUCGGUAUAUGAAUGUAUUGUUAUUAGAAAAAAAAUCAACGAUCGUCAUCUGUUGAUAACAAACUAGUAAUAAAAAAAGAAAGAAAGACGUCCUAGUAUAAUGGGGACGUGUGCAGUCACUGUAAUUUAAUGUAAACCUGUAAGCAACGAUAUAAACCAUUGCUAACAAAAAAACGAUUUUGAGCGGAGUUCAGUUGUUAGUGGUGCUUUGUCAACAAUAUAAUAUAUGCUAUAUUAUAAUAAAAUAAUUAAAUCGGCUCUGUAUAUUUUCUUUAAUUUGUUUAAUGUUUUACCGGUUUUUCCAGUUUUCUCAAUUUUUCACAUUUGCUGAGAACACUCCGGCGAAAAUGGAAAAACGAUCUGUUUAAAGUACCUCCCCAGUGAAAUUUCCUUUCAAAAACAUUGCUAUCAUUAAAAGUUGGAGCAAAGUUGCUGGUAGAAAAGUUGUCCACAAAAAAAAAAAUCGUUAUAUUAUAAUUAUUAUAUUUCGUACAUUUUCUCGUUUUUUUUUUCCAGUUUUUCGCAUUUGAUAAGAAGACUCUUGAGAAAAUCGAAAAAUGACCUUUUUAAGGUAGAGUUUGUUAUUAGGUUUCCAACUAUGACCUUGGGCAGUUGGGUCGCUUUAGCGGCUCGGUACGAACCCUUUAUAAUAUUAUAACUUAACCUGUUUUAUUAUACAGUAAACCGUGGGUACAAUAAUAUAUUUUAUAAAUGUGUACCUAAUCUUACGAAAAUAAAGAAAAAUACGGGUUUUUGGUAAUUGCACGUUACCCCAGGUUUUCAAUGACAAUUAAAACGACCAUAAAUUCUCACAAGAAUAAACCAUUAUUAUUACAAAAUUGCAGUUAGAGUUUUAUCAUCAUUAUUAUCAUUGACAUAAUUUGGUUGACAGUCGACUGAUUGUCUACGGCCGUCAAUAAUUUUUUAUCAUUAUCAAUUAACGCUAUCACGUUAAAAUGUAAACAUAUUCAUUUAGCCAAACAGCGGUAACAACCUCAAAACAUUGCAUGGCCAUUAGUAAUAAUAAUACUAGUAAUCGGUUGUUUGGUUCUUUCAUGUGUCUACCUACGGUUUUUAUUCAAUAAACAAGUGGACUGAUCGCUGAUAUAGCAUGCGUUUGGAAGGGCGCAGACAAUACCAAUAAUAUACAUAUACAUUAUAUAGCAUGCGCUCCAAUAAUGCCUAAUAAUAGUUUACUGACUAAAAGUAUUAAAAGUAUUAAACAUGAAAAGAAAAAGGAUAGUAAAGUUAUUAACCUUUAUGUAUAAAAUGUUAAACUUGCGUAAUAAUAAUAUUACGUAUGAGUAAGUUGCACUGUAUAAACUGUGCUACCGUCACUGCCGCCGCCGCAGUCAUUAAAAACCGAUAAAAAUAAAAAAUAAAAUAAUAAUAAUUAAAGAGUAAAUGUUUAAGUAGGUCUUAAUGCAUUAAAAAGAAAACAAGAAAAUCGUUAUCAUAAAAAUUCAGGAACUUUAUUUUACAUAAUAAAUAAUUAAUAACUUUCAUAGAAAACUAAUUGGAAUAUUAAGAGCCUGUUUGGAUUAUAAUUUAAUAAUAUAAAACUGCACAUGGUUAACUAUCAUAUUUUUUUUUUAGAUUCUAAGGGUAGCAAGGAAUGCAUUGAUUUUACAAUGAAAUGUUUUAUUUUUUUGCCUGUGAACAACUUAUCUACUAAAAAUUUUCUUCUAAAGUAUCAAGUAUAGAACUUUUUCUAAAAAUAAUUUUUGUGUUGUUAGUACUUUAGGUAGGCCAUUUUUUUGAUUUUCCAAGUGUUUUUCAUAAUAAUUGGGAAAAAUCUUAGGAAAAACGGGAUAAUUUACGGAAAUAAUGCUUUGAUUAUUUUCAAUUUUGAUUUUUUAUUUUAAUUCAGUUAAAAAUAUUUGUAGAUAUUUGUAAUUUAAACAGAACACUUAUAUUUCCCUAUUUUAGAUGCGGUAAACAUUUUAAGACAUCUGAACCAUUUUUGAGAUAUUUAUAGACAUGCUGCAUAACUGGUUUACAUUUAAAACUUUUUCGUUACAGUCAUCACCAGGUAAUUCUUUCCGGACCCAAACUUAAAAAUAGAAUAUCUCGUCAACAGAUUUACGGAAAUCAAAAAUUUCAACAUCAAAAUUUAUUUUAACUAAUACUCAAUCUAUUUAUGGAAUUUUUAAUAUCGGUUGAUAUUUGAAAAUCAAAAGUAGAUUCUUGUUUGUACCCCCCCAAAAAUUAGGGCGAAAAAAAAAGUCUUAAUGUAAAAUUUUAAAGUCGCAUUUUUUUUAAAUUUUUUAUAAAACAGAUUCCGAAAAAGUGCUUUCCGAUAAAAUUAUUGUUUAACGACAAAAGAAUCACUCGGUAUAAAUACGUAGUUAGUAUAAUGACCAGUUGCGUUAAACCUAAGGUGUCCUCUUGUUGGUGAACUGAAUCCAAUAAUAUUCUUCUAAUCGUAUAUUCUGUUUUGUUUAUUACAAAUUCCAAAUUCGUGAUUACAAAUUAUUACUAAUAAGUGGCUAACUUGUGAAACUAUUUUUGUUCCAAAAUUUUUACUUUGUGGUACCAGAGUGUUUAUCGCUACGUAAUUAUAAGUUAAAUUCUCUUCUACGUAUAUUCUACUUUUCUAACUUUUCACCUACAACAGUGGCCCACCCAUUGGGUGAAGAAUGUUCAUAUUUUUCGUUUUUAUUUUUUGUCUGUAAAUAACUUUUCUACUAGAUAUCUCGUUUCAAUCAUCCGGGACGAUUUCGGAUAGAAAAUCUCAUCUAAUCGGUACAAUGAAGGGUGUUAUUUUCCCCCUUUUUUUCGCGGUAUCCUAAACAACUAGAAAAAAAGUCGGGAAUAUUUACGCAAUAACGGAUUCUGUUAUUUUGGAAUUUGUUCCUUUGAUAUGUUGAUAUAGUCCAAUGAUAUAGUGAUAGUGAAGACCUGAUAUUUUUAUCGAAUAUUCUGGCGAUUUUGAAUAUUUUAAAUUGUCUAGGUUUUCUUUGGUGUUUAUAUGGUUACGCGUGGAUGAAAUCGUUUUGACUGUGUAAAAAUGCACAAUUGUGGUAAACAAGGUUCCUUGUUCUUACGUUAUACUUGGUGGUAAAAAAAAAGUUAGCACACCUAACGUAGGAAUUUUUCGUUUAUCAUAUUUUCCGAUUUAUAGAUGGAUAAAAUUUGUGUUGUCACAUAAAAAUAUUAAACAAUUUAAAAUAAAAAAUAUAAAUUAACACAAUUAAAUUUUAUCAAAACAUGUUAAACCGAUCUUCGCUAUCACAUUUUUCUCGUUUGAAAACAUCUAUCGAUACGUACAGAUAUAAACUAAAUUACCCUAUUUAUCCUACCUUUCUAGAAUUCCAACCACAACAGUGGCGUUCAUUUUUUAGUACCUUGUUUCCAUCAUGAUUUUAAAUAAAUAAAUAUGGUAAAUACAUGCCAUAUAGAUAGUAUAUAAUUAAACUUACUUUGUCUGUUACAAAAAUUCUAGUUCUAAACAAGUAACGCAUAAUAAUAUGUAACUACUUAGUGUAUAUUUAAUUAAAAUUUUUAAACCGAUGUACCAGAUUCAAGGUACCGAAUUAAAUUAUAUUUGGAAUAGAAUUAAAAUUAUAAAAAGAUGGAUAUACUUCUCGCCAUGGGUAGGUUACUAUUGUACUGUUGUAGUUCAAACAUGUUUGGAAGUUAUAGGAUAUCUAAUCGAGUUUUUAUCACUCUAACGAUAAAUCAUAUGAAUCAGUGCAACUAAAAAAUGAAAAAAACUGAAAAAAAGAUCGAUUUUUCAUAUCCAAAAAAGUUUUCAUAAUAAUUGGGAAAAUGAGAAUAAAAUAAGAAAAAAAGAUUGAAUUGGUUCCGUUUAAUAUUAGCCACUGACUAGGGAAAGAUGUUUUUUGAUAUCUAAAGAAUUUUCUAAAAUAAUUGGAAAAAAUUAAAAAAGACGAAAUAUACGAUUUUUUUUUCAAAUUACAGCACAAUGGUUUUAUUAUUUUAAAUUUGCACAGUUAAAGUUUUCAAAUUUUCAAAAAUAAAACUAUUUCUGUUUGGCUACAUUAAUCUGUAUGGUAAAAAAAAAAGGCCGUAAUAAUUUUAAUUAAUAUAUUUCGUACAUUUUCUCGUUUUUCCUCCGUUUUUUUUCGGUUUUUUAAAUUUGUUGAGGAAACUCUUGAGAAAAUUGAAAAAUUACCUUCGUAAAGUACCUCCCUACACCGAUUUCUUUUCAGAAAACUUGCUACACGUAAAAAUCGGAGCAAGUUCUCUGGUAGAAAAGUUUUCCACAGAAAUAAAAAAUAAACAUCUUUGUAAAACCAUAAGCUUCUUCGUUCCUCUUAGAAUCUAAAAGUAAUAUUAUUACUCUACACGGAAAUUGGCCAGUUAACUAAGUUUAGAGGUAUGUCAUUUAUAAUUUAAUGGAAACAAACUUAUUUCAUUUAUGUUUUGUAAAUCUCAGUAGUGAAAAAUAAGCGGCACCUUCGCGUGUAUACAACGUAAAGUUUAGACAGCUGCAUUAUAACUGCCGUUGCGGAUUGUGGAGUAAAUAAUCGAUUUAAUAAUAAGGAUCCGGACGUAUAUUUUAUAUUUAUACAGGUACGUUAUAUUUUUGCGAGUAGUUUUUGCGAUAUAUGGUUUAUUUUAACGCUCGAUCAAUUAUUGGAUGUGCCCGAAUCGUUUUCCAUUUGGCCGAAUUGGUUCCGGUUUAAAUUUGUGAUGUGUUAUGUGUUGAGAUGUGUGCUUAAGAGGACGUUGUAGUAGCAUUUACAGCCAUUUCCUAAAAUUUAACCUACAUAAAAUCAAAAAUACAAUUUUUUUAAAAAAAAAAAAACGAAUAGCUCUAAAUAUCUGAAAACCGCCAGAAUGUUUUCACGCGUGUACAAAUACUGGGUACACACAAAUAUUGGGUGUAAAAUUUAGAUCCCUACGAUUAUUUUUAACCGGAUUAUAAAAAACAAUCAAUAUCGAAAGCAAUAAAAACGUCUCUCGUAAGUAUGUGUGUUUCAGUGUAUUUUAAAAUACGUGCGACGUUCCGUUGAUUUUGUGAAAAUUCUAGUCGCGUUAUGAUGGCGGUGCACUGGCGUGGGAGGUCACGGCCGUGUUUAGCCGUAUAUGAUAAUUGAAUCAUUUUCCAAUUACCAAGGUUCUCGGUUCUGCAUUUGCCACCAGCUAUAUAUAAUAUAUAUACGGUGUACCUAUUUAUUGUACUCUACCCUCGGGUUACACUGCUACAACACGACGACAGCCACGCCUACACUUAAGGGGACUCGCAGAACACUUGUGUCCGGGUGACGCCCAUCUAAUUAAGAUUUUUCCAAUCGUACGUAUAUAGCCGGUAAUGUAAUUCCGUAGUGAGAAGGGGAAUCUGAAUUUUCGAAAAUCCAAAAUCCGAAUGUAUUAUACUUACGCUCAAUUAUUAUACGCUGUACGUAUUAUUACUAUUAUGGCGCGUUCUAUUCUGUCGGGCUAUAUCGUAACACGAACAUGUUAGAUUUUUAUGAUAUUCGGUAUAUUCUUAGUAUAAUGCCACCACUAUGUAUACGGAGUGCACGCCGCGCAUGAAUUAUGGUCGGCUCGUGUGCAGCUAGCGGCUAAGGGUUUCGCCGCCGCCGAUGCAAACUCUGUAAUAUUUAUUUUUUUUUUAUUUCCACCAAAGGCGAAACGCUUGCAAUAUUAAAACAAACUGCACCGUGUAGUACGAGCAGCGACCGUGGGGAGCACAUACACGUAUAUUAUUAUUAUUAUUAUUAUUAUUAUUGUAAAGCACAACAAUGGACGUUUCAAUAUUGAAUGAGUCUAUGAUGAUGCGAACGCGCGGAACGGCCGAUGGUUCCUUUCAAGAGUGCCCGACGCGGUCAAUAAUUUAUAAUAUUAUGCAAUGUCCGUGCGUGAGGCCGCGAUGGACAGGGCGCUUUUUUUACAUUUUUUUUAAGGAGGUUUUCAGUGUCCAAUGGACACACAGUAAAGAAGUCUAUUGGACACGGAGUAGAUUAAGAUAUUUGCUUACUGUGUGUUCACUUCGCCAGAAAACGAUCGGAUUCCGUAGCGCAUUUUGUAUAUCGAUUGUUAUAUUUUAUGUAGGAAAUACUCUCGCUGGGAAGGGGAGCCCCCCUAUCAUAACUGCAGAAAGUUCCAACAUCAAGGGGAAGAUAAUUUGCUAUGUCUGGCUCGUUGAGCUUCUCUUUUUAUUUUUUUUUGUAAUAGAGAUAAUUGUGUACACGCAGUGGAAUUGAUAAAUAGAAAACGAAAAGUAAAAAAUACAAAUUUAAAAAUAGGUAGGUUCGGAAUUAAAACAAUACUGUACAAUUACUAUACUCCGGCGUGUUUUCCACCGUGAUUUUCUGACACGUUACGAGCCGCAAAUAAACAAAGAGACAAAACAAAAUUGAUUGUGUUUAUCGACGACUAACGCGAGAGUAACGUGAAUAUUUCAUUCGUUCAUUAUAAUAUUAUUGUAUAGGUAUGCAUAACCGUAUUUUUCACGAAUUGUUCGCGAGUUGUUCACGGUCCCGCACGACAGGAAACUAUCUUUAAACGUCGUCGGGGACAGGUACCUCCUUAGGCAACCUACCCCGGCUGCAGUGGGUGUAUUACACUAUAUACCUACUAAUAAUUUAUAUACGGGAAAACAAAUUGUGUCGUGACAACAUCUACUUUGAGAAAAUAUUAUUUUAAUACACCGUUAACCAUUUAAAGGCUAUAUCGUCGAUCGGCAGGCUUUUACCACGAGUGUUAUAUAUAUUACGCCGUCAUUGGAAAACCUUUUUUCGCUAAAGUAUUCACGUCGGAUCGAUUCCAUGGGUGUAAAACGAUAACGACGACAACAGCGAGUAUAACCAUUACUGAUUAACAAUUGCUAACAAUUACUGAUGGAUACUGUAUUACAGCGCAUCACAGAACUAUUAUAUUAUUCAGGGUAUUUAGUUUUGGGUUUUCUUAAGGAGAAAAAAAAAUUAAGUCUUGAAUUUUCAGCCAAUAUAAUACACACAUAGUAAAUACUAAUAAUAGUAAUAAUCAUAAUUUUUUUUUCUCGAUAAGCUAUUAGUUAUACAAAGAUGUAUUUUUCAAAUUCUUUUUCGGUUAGUAAAAAUGUGAAUUUUUCGUCUGAUGGUAUUUUUAUUCGAAUCGGUUAUCGACGUUUUCAUUAGUUUGUCCCCUAGAUUCUUUUUUGUUGUUGGAUUUCUCGGUUACCGUAUUAUUGUUAACAAAGGAAAAGACGCGACUACGUCGCUAAAAAUAGUUUCUUUUUCGUUUGCAAUAAUUUAUCGUUGCAUACAGACAUACAAUAUGUAAUCUAAAUCAUCCUAUAUUCUCUACCUUCCCAAUCAUCCAUUUGCGACAUUGGCGUACCCGUGAAAAGUAUUAACUUUGUUAAACAUUUAAAACUUUGUUUAAUUUCAGAGUUCUGCGAUGGUUCGCCACCAACAACUCGUGGUUCUGCUGAUAAUCUGCACGGCACUGGUGUAUGACAACCACGGUUAUUCAACGCACGGUUAUUCAUCGCGCAGACGAGUCAAAACCGAGAAAUCGGGUGUAAACAGUGAACCGGACACGAACAAUAACAGCGACAUAAACAUAUGUUCGUUGGAACGAAGAACGACCGUUAACUUGUUUUGCAAUUGCGACGAACCGGAUCCACACAUGGCCUCGUCGGCCGACUGUUGGGUGUUCAACAAUGGCGAAUCGAAAGAUUCACCGAUCUGGCGAGAAUUCAAAUCUCAAUCGAAAAUCACCAAACUGUCGUUUAACGUUCGUGGGUCCACGACGCAGACGUUAACGUUCAUACCCACCGAAGCGUUGGUCAAGUUGCCGGGAUUGAGAACUCUGGAAAUAGUGUACGCCAAUAUUUCGUCCAUACACUCGCACGCGUUCGCCAAUCUUUCGCACCUGCAAGACUUGGCGUUGGGCAGGAAUAAAAUCGUACGGUUGUUGAGACAAUCCAUAGCGUACAUGGAAGAUCUGCGCGUCGUCACUUUAGGGGAUAAUAACAUCGACAAUAUCGCCAACGACGUGUUCGCCAAACUGCCGGCACUCCGGAAACUCUACAUGGACAAAAACAACAUAAGUUACAUAGCCGAGGGGGCGUUCGAGCAGUUGCGAAAACUCGAAGAACUAGACUUGUCCGAAAAUCAGCUGAAAUCUCCGCUGUCGCGGUACGUAUUUUUGGGGCUGGAUAUGUUGCGGCGGUUGGACAUGCGGGCCAACCAUAUCGACCGGAUCGCCCCGGAAGCGUUCGCUGAACUGGUCAGCUUGGAAGAGCUCGUGUUGGAUGACAACGUCAUAAAGACGAUUGACGGCAGAGGAUUUUCGGGACUGAUCAACCUCCAGCGGUUGUCGCUAGCCGAGAACCGGCUGACCGCGCUCGACGAUCGCACGUUUCGCCGUCUCGAAAAACUCAAAUUUAUCGACUUGAGAUACAAUAACUUGCAAACGUUGACUUUCGGCACCGUGGAACCAAUCUUGGACAGGCUUCAAAACGUAUCGUUCUAUUUCUACAUAAAAGGUCAGUGA